AUGUCUAAGAGCGUUCCAGUGGCUGUGGUGACUGGCUCCAACAAAGGCAUUGGGCUGGCCAUCGUGCGGGCUCUAUGCAAGCAGUUCACUGGGGAUGUUUACCUGACAGCCCGAGAUGUGGAACGGGGCAAGGAGGCAGUGGCCAAGCUGCAGGAAGAAGGGCUGAAGCCACAGUUCCACCAACUGGACAUAAAUGACCUGCAGAGUAUCCGAACCCUACGCGAUUUCUUGAAGGAGAAGUAUGGAGGAUUAAAUGUGCUGAUCAACAAUGCAGGGAUUGCUUUCAAAGGUAAAAACAGUGUUCAGUUUCUGGGAGCACCGCAGUCUGAUACAAAAAUGAUCUUGUUGGUCCCUGAUGAGUGGGAAGUUGAACUCACUUCAGUUACUUGGUGGUCAGGAAACUUUAAUUCACCUUAUUUCAUAUAUUCUGGGGCUGAGCCUAGGGCUAAGAACAGAUGCUGAGCUGAGACCUCUGACCAAAAUUAAGUACUGGGUAAAGUACUUUUAACAGUGUACUUUGGACCUAGCGCAGUAGUUAAAUAUUUGCCACACUGCUUGCGAUUUUCAUGGGUGCUGCUCCUUCCUGCAGCUCAGGGCAGCUUCAUACAUUACUGUUUUCCAACACAGAAAAUGCAUAAAUAGGACUAAGCAUGAGAGCUGCAUGUAAAUAAUCCAGUGUACCAAUCUUUCAUAUGAGUACAGUGGUACCUCGGGUUUCAAACGCCUCAGGUUACAAACUCUGCUAACCCAGAAGUAGGACCUCGGGUUGAGAACUUUGCCCCAGGAUGAGAACGGAAAUCAAGUGCCGGUGGCAUGGCAGCAGUGGGAGGCCCCAUUAGCGAAAGCAGGCCUCAGGUUAAGAACGGUUUCGGGUUAAGAACAGACCUCCAGAACGAAUUAAGUUUGUAACCCAAGAUACCACUGUAUUCACUGCAUGUACACAUGUGCAGCUUCAUGUCUGAUGAGCUACACUUGAACCUAUGUUUCUUAAUACAUGAGGAAAUAUUUUGCAUGCAUCAAAGCAUAAUCUGUGGUGGAAAACUGCAAAACAUAUACAAUUAACGUUUGAUAAAAAUGCAGUUUGCUUCUUGCAUUUCCUGUGGACACUAUAAUCAGAUUAGUUAGACAAGCAAACAAAUCAUUCAGAAAAAGGUACUUUGCAGUUUGAUUAUUGGUUAGUUUCAGAGACAGAAGCAGCUAAUUUUUUGUUAGUGAUCUUUCUCACUAUACAGUACAUAACUGUCCCAUGCAGGAAGUAAGUAAUGAAAAACACAGGAUACCUGGUGGAUAGCUGGCAACUAUCUAUUAUUAUUACUAAUUAGCAGCAGUAGUAGUAGUAAUAAUUCUGAAUGAGAGGUGAUACUUUUAGCCUGCUCUUAACUUUAUUCUUGCACACAGAAACCAUGGGUACACAGACAUAAAAUCAAUUGUACUUAUUAACAAGGCAAAUAUAAUUUCAUGUUCUACAACAGAAAUGAAAAUUAUUCCAUCUAGAUUUAAUGUGGGUUUGUGUGUUAUUGUUAUUUUGUAAUUUAAACAUCUGGACACAAUAAAUAUGUCAUUCUCUCACUUGGCAUGUACAAGCAGCCAGAACUGUGGUAAACAAUGCUAACUCAAGUGAAUGCAGAUGGUGUGGGAGCUUUGCACAUCUUCAACAUGUUUAAAAAAUUGUAUGACAUCCUAGACAGUUUUGACAUGUGUGUUUGUGACAGCCACCCUAGGUCUUGCGCCAUCUGGGGAGAGGGUGUUCCCAGCUAGCAUAGAGUGCACCCCUCUACUCAACCGAGUCUCCCCCUUUAAACAAUAGGUGCCACUAGACAAGGUGUAAAUUAUUUCCACAAGGCUGUCCUUUAUCAGCCGGCCUCCAAAUUUCCCUGGGGUCUCCUUGAAGCCUCGUAAGGUAGUGUGGUAUUCUAUCUUCCAAGCUUGAGGGUGUUAAAAAUAAGCCAAGACCACACAGGAUUAUGAAACAAGUUCUAAAGUUUACUAAACCUAGAAAAAUGUGGAUAUUUAAGAAAAAGAUAUGCAGUGCAAAGGUUACAGAAAAGCAGUAUAUUCCCUUUAAAGCAAAACGGAUUAAACCACAAUCUACUUUCCCUGGACGAAACAGUCCCUUAAUCCAGGUUUACAAAGUUUUUCCUUAUCAGGUUGAGUUCCACCUUGAACUGCCCAUCUCCUACUUUUAUAUAGUUAUGAUUGGGAGGAGGGGAGGCUGUAUACCUGAGCCCCUCUUCUAAUCCCUGGAUCCAGCACAUUUUCAGUUACUGAAAUGGCUGGCUAAUGAGUCAUUAGGGAAGGGAGUGACUCUGUGCCAGAGGGCCAGGGUGGAGUGUUGAGUGAUAUGAGCUAGAAGCUGGGUGCAAAAGCUGCAGGCUGGAGAGUCAGAGAGAAAGCCAGGCCUGAUUUCUGCUGGAAUCCAAGGCUGUGGCUGUGGGAGAAGCAAAGCUCUCUUAGGGCAUUAAUGCUGUAAACCCCUCCAUUGCCUCUUGGGCUUGCCCAUCAGAAGGUUGGCAGUUCAAAUCCGUACAACGGGGUAAGCUCCCAUUGCUCUGUCCCAGCUUCUGCCAACCUAGAAGUUCUAAAGCACACCAGUGCAAGUAGAUAAAUAGGUACCGCUGCGGCGGGAAGGUAAACGGCAUUUCUGUGCACUCUGGCACGCCUCAUGAUGUCCCAUUGCCCCAGUAGCGGUAUAGUCAUGACCCGGAAAGCUGUCUGCGGACAAACACCAGCUCCCUUGGCCUGAAGCGAGAUGAGCGCCGCAACCCCAUAGUUGCUUUUCACUGGACUUAACCGUCCAGGGGUCCUUUACCUUUACCUAUGUAUAUAUACUCUAUAUCAUAAAGACAUCACAGCCUCUGCCAUGCCUUAUUCCAAAAGGAAACAUGAACCCUGCGUCGAUGCCUGAACCCCUGGAAUCCUUCACUACUCAGAGAUUGGGGUGGCGUGCAAUAAUAUAGAUUCCUGUCAAUCACAUGAAGCACCUUAGUCAGAGAUGAGGCAAUUCUCACAUACCAAGGAGUUUUAAUUAACUUGAUAUUUGAGCCUUGAGGUAUUUGCUAGGUUUCCAAGUUAACCCUAUAAUCCCCCAAACAACCAGACAGGUUAUCAAACAAGUAAAAUGUACAACAGCUGGCUGGGCGUUGAUGGGAUAGUCUAAAACAUCUGAAGGGCACCAGGUUGUAAAAGGCUGCAGUAAGGUUUUCAAUAAUGUUACAGCUGCACAAUGUAAUUUCAACUAACGUUGACCAUAAGUGGACUAUGUUGUUUGCCUUUUUAGUGUACGUGCUGGAAAGACUGUGUGCAUUUGUACCUUAAUGCAUAUUUUUGUAUUUCCAUUUUCUUUGCCCAAUAAAAAGUGGAGGACCCCACACCGUUUCCUACACAAGCAGAAGUGUCCAUGAAAACGAACUUCUUUGCAACCAGAAAUAUUUGCAACGAGUUAUUACCACUUAUUAAACCACAAGGUGAGCUUUGCAUUUUCAUCCUGCAGAAGUAAAUAUUGUAUUUUUAAAUAGUCACAACCCAUCCUGGGACCUUAUAGUAGGGCAGGUAGGAAAUCAAAAUGAAUAAUUAAUAACAACAAACAGAUAGACAGACAGACAGACCAACUGAGCUUUUCAACUCUGAUCUUGUUCUUUACAGCCAUCGUGUAAAGAGGAUAGGAUAGCACUCUUGAUGUAGUACAUGAAACAAGAGACAAAUAGAAGUUGAACUAAGCCAGAUAGGGCUUAGUGAGGUUUAUCACAUGGAUUUAUUGAAGAAGAAAGAAGGGGCAGGGGGAGCAAACUGGAUUUGUUUUCUGCUCUGUGUGAUACAAUAUUGUAAAAUCAGCAGCUUGUCAGAUGAUUCAGAUUUCUAGCUAUUUCAAGAAGCUAGUGAAAUUACUGGCAUCAUACUGCACUAUUGAUAAACUCUGAGUAACUGCUGCAUUCUAUCUUGAAAUGUCCAAACAUUGUAUACAGUGCUUUUUUUCUGCAUACCGUUGAGUACCCCCAGAAAAAAGCACUGUGUGUAUGUGUUAAAUGCCACUGUGAUAGCCUUCAGAGCUAUUAAACUCAAAUUACACAGCAUAUAUAUUUUAGAUUUUCCAUCAACCGUUUCUUAUUUUAGAAUAUCUCCAUGGCAUCAUAGAAACGUUUCUGUUCUCGUGUAUGAAACUUGCUUGUGAUUUAUUCUUCAUUAUUUACUUGCUGUAUGACACUUAUUAUUUCUACUUGCUCUGCAGAGUAUUGGGUUGUACACUAUCAUGGGCAUAGCCAAGGGGGGGUGGAGGUAGCAAUACAAAUAAAUACAAAUCUGAGGUUCUGCUGUGCCCAUGUACCCAACGUUAGUGUUACUCAGAGGGGACCCAUUAUAAAUAAUUGGCUUGCCUAACUUAGGUCUGCCCAGUAUGUCUACUUUGAGUGGUCCAUUGGUUAUUGUGGAAUUAUCAUCUGUUUUUGUCACAGGAAGAGUAGUGAAUGUCUCCAGUGUCAUGAGUGUCCGGGCCUUGGCCAUGUGCAGCCCAGAACUACAGAAGAAGUUUCGGAGUGAGACAAUCACUGAAGAGGAACUAGUGAAACUCAUGGAAAAAUUUGUAGAAGACACCAAGAAGGGAGUGCAUGAGAAGGAGGGUUGGCCAAAUUCAGCUUAUGGGGUGACCAAAAUCGGAGUAACGGUUUUGUCCAGAAUUCAAGCAAGGCGCCUGAAUGAGACAAGAAAAGGUGAUGGUAUUCUUCUGAAUGCCUGUUGCCCUGGGUGGGUCAGGACUGACAUGGCAGGUCCUAAAGCCCCCAAAUCUCCUGAUGAGGGAGCUGAGACUCCAGUGUAUUUGGCCCUUUUACCCCUGGGAGCCGAUGGGCCCCACGGGCAGUUUGUUAGUGACAAAACAGUUCAACCUUGGUGAAUUUUGGCAUGUGUCCAAUUUUAUGGAGCGCCAUUCUAGUUGAGAUCACAUAGGCUUCUGCUCCCUACUGAGCCUCCAGUGCCUACUGAAGACUAAUUUUAUUCCAGCAGGCAUUUUAAUUGUAGUUUUCUUUUAUAGUUUUAACUGAUUUUUAUUUUCUGUAUUCUUUGUAAAUCACUUAAAGGCUAUUGUAGUGAAGUGCUAUAUAAAUUGUUUUAAUAAUAACUAAUAAAAUAACUGGAGCUUAUCUGAGAUGUUGGAGUUGGCUCUUAAUGAGUAGAGCUCUUGAAAAGAGGAGGAUGGAUGGAGAAUUUUUGUUAAGUUUCCCUGUUGCUCUGUGGUCAGUUACAAUCACAAUAUUAAUUUAAACACUGUACUACUCUGUACAACUUCACACGUAAAGAAACAUGUGCAUCUCUCUCACCCACAUACACAAACACCUCCUGUCACUACUUGCAUGUGGUGUUUUUUUUUUUUUUACAUCUUUAGUGCUGCCUUCACCCUUAAAAAAAAAAUAGAGAAGCUGGCUGUUUAUAUCAAGGGCCAUGCCCUGUAACCCUAGAUUAAUAGCUGCCAGCUGUAAUUAUUCAAUGUGGAGGAAAAUACAGACAUAGCCAACAGAGUUAAACAAAAUAAAAUAAAGAUCCCUGUCAUAUGAGCCCUUGCAUUGAAAACCAGAUGCUGGCUAAAAUGAUGCCCUGUAAUUAAAUUCUUAAUUCCUACUAUUUUGUUAUAUCCCUCUUGUAAAAAAAAGUGGAGCCAAAAGCUUGCUGUUCCUUCUUUUACGUCUCUACUACUUGUAAGAAAAUGAGAAUGCAAAAGCACUUUGCAGGAGAAAUUAAAUGCAAUUAUAUUGGUACGGCUAACCUAUUCUAUAUAUGUAACUCUGAAUCAGGCAAAUAGUAUUUUACAUGAACUUUUGUGAGAUUUGAAUAAAUUAUGAACUGUUACAAUGACCUGCUUAUUUAGAGCUUCUUAACAUCAUGAUUAAAGUUUUUUUAUUAGGUUACUUUUUAAAUAUUCUUUCUUUCAAAGCCAAGUUACCGUAUGAUCAGCAAACCAAUCACAAACCCAGUUAUCCAUGUCCCUAAAGAUCAAAUCACCCACUUUCAUGGUCAGAAAAGGCAACCAGAACUGCUGCGUUGGGAGAAACAGGCGAGCUUUCCAGAGAAGCCCCCACCAGAAUACUUCCCAUCUCACUGAUCUGUUCCAGCAGCUGGAGCAGAUUUGCAGGAUCAAAGCUGUUGGUGGAACAAAGAUUGAGUGGGAUGCAAUUAUCAUGUCCUAUGAAGGUCUCAUCUACAAACCUCUGUUUACCCAGGUCAACUACCUUGGCCCCAAGGGAGCAAACUAACUCCCUGAGGUCCAGGACUGAUUUGCACUGAGUAUCCCACCCCUGAUUCUGUCCAUCAGGAAGACAUACAACGUUCUGUGCUACACUGGAUAGCUCCCACACCUCUGCUGGCAUUCUACCAGCAGGUGUUGUUGUUGAGCAAGUUAAUUUACUUGGGCACCUGGGGUUUGUAAGUUCACUAAGGGGAGGGACACAGUCUGCCCUGUUGCUGAACUCGCUUGGCUGCUUUACUCACUUUGGCUCGAGGCUCAGCUUUGACACUUGAGCUCGCAGAAAUGCAUAUUCAGCCUAGUCUCUCCUAGGUUCUACAUUUGUAGCCCUGGCUAAAUUCCUCCAGCUGCUGAUGCAGGAGGUCCUCAUUUGAAAAUCACAAAAAGCUGCUGCUCAGCUACUAGUUUCAUCCAAUCCUAGUGAGCAGGAAUAUGAAAGGUGGGUUAGGUUAAUAUACAUACAGUAUGUGUGUGUUAUUUCUGAGCAAUGAAUCAUUCAAGGGAUACAGCAGUCACACAAAGUUCAGCUCACUGGAGGCUGUGAUAUUUUUUGCAAUAUAUGGUUUAUUUAUAAAGUGGUUUACAAAAAACCCAAAAGUACCUCUAAAAAUCUACAACCAUAGUUAAAACAUACAAGUUCAGUGUAGUAGUAUUAGUAGUAGUAAUACUACAAAGGGAAAUCCAAAUUCUUCCCCAACUCCCAAAGCACAAUCCUCAAUUUUACCAAUGAUGAAACAUCAGGUAACAUUUGCUCUUGCUCUCUUCUUGUGGAAAUAGCUGCCCACGUGCCCCAAACAGGAAAAGCCAAUGGCGGAUAGCACGGAGUAGUGACUGAGCGGAGAACACACAAGCAUGGAAAUAUUUCAUCAGGGGCCACCCACUGAUGGCUGGGGAAAUAACGGAAUACCUAUGCAAAACUGAUGACUAAAAAAAUGUGUGGACAGAAACAUGUCAGUCAUACGUAGAUAAAAAUUAGACUCGGCUGACCUAAUGAAGCCCCCUCUGGAAACACCUUUACAACCAAAAGCCAAAGAGUUGAAAAGGAUCGCUAACCUUCAUCUCCCAACCUUUCAACAGUAUCAUUUCGAUUUUUUUGCAGGAUCCAGCCAAUGGAUCCAGGGACUCAGAUUAAGCCCCUCUUUUAAUUACGAGAUUGGCAUUUCCCAAGCUGCCCGCAGCAGUCCGACCUAUGUACUCCGAGAUUAGUGCCACACUCGAACCAAAACAACCCUGCAGUCUCCGCUUCUGCCAGCAGAUGGAGCUAGAGACGUGCCCAAACGCGCGAUGUUGGGACGCACCAUCUCAGCGGGGCGGGGUGGGGGUGGGCAGCUGCGCCUUUGAAUCCGGCUUAAACAUCGCCAAGGAGAGCUGUCCAUGCUCAAGCGGCUGGAAAGCCCAUAACGGGGACGAGGCGUGGCCCCGCGCCACUUUAUAGAAAAAGCGGGGUCCCGUAAAUCUUGCUAUCACUAUUCUCCUUUCCCCCCCCCCCGCGCUUCGAAAUGGUACUCCCCCAUCCGGCAAGGGCAAGGGGAGGGUGCGAAGAGGAGGCGUAGUAGCCCGGGCGCCAUGGCGACGGGAGAUUCCGCCCCCGCCCUUCCUUGUAGUCUCUGGCUCCCGCCUCGGCCCCGCCCAGCCGCGGGACACGUCGCAGGAGAGGCAAGCGGCCGGGGAGCCUCAGCGAAGCUGCGGCGGCGACGCGAGCCAUUCCUUCGCGGUGGGAGCAGCAGCAGCAGCAGCCAGCGCGACGCCUCUGCGGCCUGCUCCUUCCUCAGUUGGUGAGUAGGGAAGAUGGGGGACAAUGUGCUGCUGCAGUUGAGGAAGCCCAGCCAGCCAAUGCUUCCUCUUUCCCCUCCCUUUUCUGCAUAGGGAGGACGGCUGGGGGUGGGGCUUCUUCCCUCCACGAAGGGACCACUUUGCCCCCCGACCAAUGAAGCGCAGGUGGGGAAACAAAGCAAACAUUCCAUUUUCUCCCUUAAGCAUCCCUUCAGGAUGUCUCUCUCUCUAUAUUUCUGAAAUGGUGCUUAUUCCUGAUUUCAGCCGAGGAGGGGAAAAAGGUGGAAACCAGCGCUCUCCUUCGCUUCUCCACAUAGGCAGGCGUAGAAAUGUAGAGGGCAUAAACACGUGUUUGUUUGUUUGUUUGUUUUGUUUUGUUUGUUUACGUGUUUAGCAGUGCCUGCGAUUCUACAGGUUGUCUGUAUCCUGCUGCCCGCCCCCCUCUCGGGUGCUUCUGCAGCUGCCUGUUAUGUUGCUGCUGCUGGAGAACAGCUGUUGGGUUGUGUUUGCUAUGUAGGAGCAGCAGCCUGUCAAAGGCGAGGAGGGGGAAAGAAGGGCGGGGGGAGGAAAAGCUGUUUUACUGCAUAAUCGAUGCUGUAUCUUUCCCCAACUCGCCUUAUUUGCACACCAUUGUGUGUCUGAAUGAUCUGGCAGACUGAAAUGAAGGGGGGGGGUGAUUUGAGAGAAGCACUGAUUUUAGCACCAGUAAACAGGCUCGGUAGAACAGGUUUGGCUUCCGCAGGACAAUGCAUCACUGCCAAACGCUGCAGUUUUUCCCUGUCUGUAAGCAAAAUGGAGAGAAGUAGAGGGCAUUGUAACACUAUUUACAUGAAUGGUCUAUUGUCCCCGUUUUAUGAGUCUUGUGUGUGCUUUGACCAGAAGUUGCAUUUUAAAAACAAAUGUCUGGUUGCUGUUUUUCUUUUAGUGCAUUUUGUUUUAUUCUGUACUUGAUCUUUUUUCCAGAAUAAGUUCCUAAUUGUCCUGUGUUCUUUGUUCAUUUUCAAGGCCGUCAUACUUGGAUAACAAACCCUCAUUAUCCAUGGUUCCCAAACCUUUAGUUGCCUUUUAAAAAUAAUAAUUUUAGCAGUGCAGCUUUACAUGGUGUAGUGCACCAUUUGAUUCAAGAUGUUGUAAUUGAUGUAGGUUUUCCCUUCUCACUUACUGAUUGAGGCAUAGGGACCAUAUCCAAGAUGUAAGCUGGCAAUGGGUGAGUUGCCAGGCUACCAGUGAUUGGUGACACUCUUAAUUAGGGUUUUGAAAACCAGACUUCAAGUUUAGAGUAUACAAAGGGCCGUCAAGGUUCUGAAUGAUAGCCAUCAAAUUUUAGUGACAGAACAUAUACAGUGGUACCUUGGGUUACAAACACUUCAGGUUAUAGACUCCGCUAACCCGGAAAUAGUACCUCGGGUUAAGAACUUUGCCCCAGGAUGAGAACAGAAAUCGCACGGCGGCAGUGGGAGGCCCUAUUAGCUGAAGUGAUACCUCAUGUUAAGAACAGUUUCAGGUUAAGAACGGACCCCUGGAAUGAAUUAAGUUCGUAACCAGAGGUAAUUUGGAUUAGGGGGCAGAUCUGAUCACUUUAUUUCUUCUGCACACUUCUGAUAAUAGAGGAUGUUUGUCCUUGCAGCCCUUGACCAGGAAUAUUUCUGCCUGCUUCACAGGAGGUAUUGAUAAGAAUACAGCUGCUUAGAGGGACUUCUACUAGACUAGAGUCUGCAUCGGCUAGUGAAAAAGGCUAGUAAAAUGAGAAAAAUAGCAGCUGUACAUUUUGUCUCAUAUCUCACUUCCUUGACUGGUAGAAGCUUACUCUUUUUAGAAAGAUGUUAGCUGGUCACCUGGGGCUCAUGCUGUGUGGGACAAUUCACCUCCACACACAUAGAUACUUUUGCUGGUGCUUUCUUCAAACUGGUUUCUGGGAGGCCGUUAGGGUUUCCAAAUAGCAGUUCUGAAUACUGAGUUGAUCUUGUCUCUUUUGUGGCCUCUUUUGACUGUGUCUUUCCCUUAUUAAACUCCCCUGCCACCAUGAAGUCAUGGCCAUUUGCCUGAAAAAUACACAACACUUUCUCUCAUGGUUAUUAAGAUGUGGCACAUACAACAUCAUUUUCUACGUGGCUGAUAGUAAUGAAAGCUGCUGAAAGGCCCAGCAUGAAGAUUUUAUUGACUAUUAAAAUAUAUGAGCCAUAUUCAACUAGGACAUUGCACUUGCAGAAGCCAGGACAAGGCCUUCUGCUAGCACAAUACGAUUUCCCUUGAGAGAACCCUUGGAACAGUGUGCAGGGGAAGAGGAGAGAGAGUAUUGUUACAUAUAGUAAGCAAAAAUGCUGUCACCGAUGGAAAGAUACCCUUAGCGCUACAGCAAAUACAGCCCGUAGCUUCUAAAGUCAUAUGAUAAGAAUGGCUGGUAUGUUUCUCCAAGAUCCCCCACUAAAUAAUAUAGCAUACUGAGCAGCUUUCUUAAUCUAAGAAAGCAACUCCUUCUAUCUACAUUUGCUUUUGCCUUCAUAAAGAGUUAAUUGUUAACUUGCUCACUGAGGCUUCCGGGAAAGUGUUCAGUUCCUGUUUACAUCUGCCUCUGUGAAUUAAAACAUCAGUUUCCUGACAGAUGGACAAAAAAAUAAUCACUACAUUUAUUUUAUUAAAUGUUAAGUAAAUGAAAACAUAGUAUCAGAAGCAAUAUAUGCAGUUGGUAAGUUUGGCAAACCAAUUAAACCAAGUCAGGCUUCUGCAAACUCAGCCCUCCAGAUGUUUUGAGACUAUAAUUCCCACCAUCCCUGACCACUGGUCCUGCCAGCUAGGGAUCAUGGGAGUUGUAGGCCAAAAACAUCUGGAGGGCCGAGUUUGAAGAAGCCUGAACCAAGUGAUGCACAUGGGAAUGGAGUUUGGAACCUGUGGCCAUCCAGCUGUUUCUGGACUACAACUCGCAUCUGGACUACAACAUCAUCUGGAGGGCCACAGGCUAGCCACACCUGCUUCAAGUUUCACUCUGAGUCAAUUGCAACAAAUGCCUAAAACCUAUUUUCUUUUAGUAGUGAAGUGUGUACUGUUAGACCCUAAUGACAGGCUUGCCAUGUAUAAUUAUGGACUCCUUUCCAUUGCUGCUGGUUAAAAUGUUUGAUAUACAACAUAAGUAGCAUAUAUACUGCCUUUUCCUAUUAUGUUUGUUAAUUUAAUCCCAAAAUAUGGUUUGUAAUUAUGUGCAUGAAAAGGUUUGGGUGGCAGGCUCAUGUGCGCGCCCGGCCUCGAGUUGUCAUGUUGUCCAGACUGGACAAACCAUUGCCUACUUGUUUGCCAAAAUCAAUCCCUGACUUGUAGGCAAACAGUGAUAUACCCCAGUUCAGACAAAAUUGCAAGUUAUGGUUUGCUGAGAAUCCGGAAGCAAGUGCAGAAAUCAUGUGCAUGAAGUGGUAGAGAGUCCACACAAACCCGAGGCUCAAGCCUGUUUGUGCAUGUAAUGCCAAGUUGUAGUCUGAACCAAUUUGCAGUAAUUUUAAUUUUUAGAUGCUUAUUUGAGCCUGAAAAACUGUGAUUUGUUAACCAUUAGUGCUGUUUGACAUGCAACACCAUGCUUUGGUUAUACAACUGAACCGGCAUAGGAUUCACGAAUUACGAGUACCGAGUAGAGCAAUUGUCUAUUGUCAUUCUUACAGUGAAUAAAUAGAAACCUCUUGGUUUCCCAUAACAGAAAAAUUACUAAUCUGAUUCCAGUGAGAGCAAUUUUAAUAUAAAAUACUAGGGUUUCUAGAUGAAGAAAAAAGCAGACAUGUCUGUAGCAAUACUAUUUCAAGUAUCAACACAGCCUUAAAUGUUAACGGGUAUUUUGUCCUAGAAAGUGGGACGUUCUAGUUUAUGUGAAUGUGUGCAGUUUGGAGUAUUUAAUUAUCUUAUCAUGUCACAUUAUCACCAAAAUAACUGAUGAGUAACUUUCUUGUAUUUCCGAGAUUUUGUAUGAAACAGUGAAUGGUCCUUGCAGUUUCAAAGCAUCUUUGGAACUGAACUACAACCUCAAAGCAGUGGGAUCACAUUUUUGGUAGAAUUUAAUUCAGCAAGAAGAGCAUUAAAUCAGCUAAUUUUGUGUGUUUAGUGACCCUCAUUAAGGAUAACUGCAUACACAUUUCACAGAUAAUGAGUACAGUAUAUAAAAUGCCAUUAAGAUCUGAUCAGAGUUUAUUUUUGUUUCUGUUUCCAAGAACAUUUUGGCUAUGAAAAUUUAAAAUGGACCCUGAAGAGCAGGAGCUGCUUGGUGAUUAUAGAUACAGAAAUUAUUCUUCAGCAAUUGAUAAAGCUUUAAGGAACUUUGAAUCAUCGAGUGAAUGGGCAGAUCUUAUAUCUUCUCUUGGUAAACUUAACAAGGUACAGUAUCUGGGUUUUUUUGCUGUUCUUACUGUUGUUCAAAAAAAUAAAAAUGAAUUUUUUAUAGCACAUAAUGACAGCUAGUAGAUAGGUUUACAGUUUGUAUAUCAUUCUGACAAGCUGUUGAUAAGCAGAUUCUCGAUGGUAUUGUAGUACAAAAGGCAAUUGCAAAAUGAAACAAACCAAUUUUUACAGAAGUACAAAAAGCAGCUGCAAAUGAUAGUUUGGAGGGACAGAUAGUGGCAGAGCAAUAAAACCAUCCAAACAGCCAUGCUGGAUUGUGUGGACAACUAUGCUUCCAAAAAUCCAGUUGCUUCUCUUGAAAUUGUAGCUUCUUUGAAAUUUCCUAAGUCAUGAAUUGCCAUGAUGCAACUUCCCAUAUCACUGACGUGAGUUAACAGUGUUUUUUACCCCUGUGUAGUGUGACAACUUUCAAGAAUGGUUGGUCACUUUUCUGUUGUGGUUUGAAUGCGUUGUGAUGGAACCAAGUUGCACAUAUAACAGCAAAAUUCUCACUUCGUAUUUCAUGUCACUAAGGAGCUCAGCUUUGUUGCCAGCUUAAGUGUACCACUCAGUGAAGGGGGGGAGUCUCAGGGUCAAACACCCUCCGGGCCUUUGUAUAUGGCCCUCAGCUCUCCCCAGCCAUAUCCCUCUCCUGCCUUGAUUUACACGCUCAGUUAUUAAUAUUUUUUGCCUGGCUAGAAUGUGUCCUUAAGCUUGGGUAAUGCUGCUUGUUUGUCUGGAUGGAAGAUACAAGAAGGGUGUGUGAGUAUGUGUCGAAACUAGUUUACUGUACAAAAGUAAAAUUCAUGUUCAUUGCUCUGCCUCCUUUAGCCUCUGGCACUGCCUACCACAGCCAUGUGCCACCUCGCAGAAGGUUAUCCAAAAGGGAAUGUGGCACUCGGGAUUAAAAAGUUUCUUCAUCCCUGCCUUAGCACUUUGACUCCAAAAAAGCAUCGUUCUGGAUGCAACUGUGCAAAGCAAGGGCUUAUAGUUAAACAGCAGCAUAUAUAAGCUAUCAUAAACAGAAUAUUUGCUUACCCUGAUGCCAGAGGUGAGGAAUCUCUACCCUGCAAGCCUAAUUAGGCCUGGUGCUGGUCCAGAUUUGACCCAUGAAAGAAUUUGUCAGAAACCACUCCUACAUAUGCAGCUAGGAAGAAACUGUCAGGAUCUUAAAGAGAGCUCCUGAUUCUUCCUUUGCAAGAGGAGCUCCCUAUCAACACCAGUCAGUUGGGAUCAGCCGCCCUGGGGGGUUAGUUCCCUGUCGGCAGCUCCCUAGUGCAUCCAAAAGAGUUGGAAAAAACGAUUCACAGUACUUUCAAUCCAAGCCAUUUCCUGUGCAGAGGGGGAAAUGCCCUGUUUAAAACAGAGCAUUUCUUUCUCUCCAGAGCAAGCUCUUUUGAAGGCACUCUCCCAGUUCCUUCCAGCUGAUUGACACCUGUCAAAGCUCAAAGGAAGUCUGUGUAACUCCCAGUUGGUGGUUAUGGCAACCUAUUCUGAAGAUGCACUUUCCGUGUCAAUCACCUGAUGUCAUUACGAUGCAAGAAGAUGGCUCUGCUGACCUUGAUCCUCGAUCUAGUUAUGAACAUGGAACCUGCUUCCACUUUUUCACUCAGUGCCAGUAGCUGGGAGGCUUGCCUCCAACCAGCUUACCAAAUACUGUAGAUCAUCUUCUUUUGUGCUGGGAUAAGCUUCAUCCCAAGGAAGGCAAAAUCUUUUAAGAGUUCUCUCUCCAGGGACCCUGGUGUUCUUCAGUCUUCAUGCGAUAUCUCCUGAGACAAAUUCUCCAACCCUAAUUUGGCGUGCUCCCCUUCCUACCUCCUUUCCCCCCAUUGUUUCCUACCCUUCUUCUAUCUUUGCCUUGAUUUUGAUCCAGCUGUGUACCUAAGGGGAAUGCGCAGCCUCCUGCUCCCCUUUCAACCCAUCUCUUCCUUUCCCCAAUUAAGGGGUCUCAAGGGAAACAAGUUGCCUUCCUUUAGAGACUGAAGGAACCUUUAAAACCUUGCUUACUUUCAGUUUCCCAUCAUUGCCUUUGCCUGCAUGACACUUGUUUCUGUAGAGUAAAACCAUGACCCAUAAUUCAAAAGGAAAAGUUGCCUUUAGCUUUGGUAAAUCAGCUGCGAUAAACUCCUAGGUCGCUGUGAGGCCUUAAGACAAGACUUCCACACGUUCCAUUUUUCCCUGGAACAGAGAAAUAUCUGUGCUUCCUUUUUUCUAUCUCCACAAUGAUUCCUCUAGUUUCACUGUUCUCUGUCCUGCCCCAAACUUCAUUUCGUUUUCAGCUUGAGUUAGCCCCAAGGGAAUUAGGCCUCCCAUGCAGCCUGACAGAUCGGUUUCCACCCCCUUUGAACCACUUGAGAAUUGCUGAAGGUCUUUGCCAGGCAUAGGCAACCUCAGCCCUCCAGAUGUUUUGGGAUUACAAUUCCCAUCAUCCCUGACCACUGUUAGCUGUCCUGUUAGCUAGGGAUCAUGGGAGUUGUAGUCCCAAAACAUCUGGAGGGCCGGGUUUGCCUAUGCCUGGUCUUGGCAGACCAUUUAAUGAGUUUUCUGUCUGUUGCAGCAAUUGCAAUUUCAUAGAAUUCAAAUGGCAAGUUGUACAAUGUAAGAAGCAAUAAAAAUACAAUACAAUUAAAAAUCUAUCUUUCAUCUUCAACCACAAAUUCAGACUAGGUCUGGGCAAUAUAUCAGUAUAUCACUGAGUGAAACUGCCAUCCCACUCUGCCCUCAUGUGACGGAGAGGGAAAAACAAGCUAUAUCGGUGAGGUGCCAAUACAGCUUGUUCCUCUGCAUCUUUAAACUGCUCAGCUGAGGACACCGCCCCCCCCCAGCUGAGCAGCGCAAACAAGUUGCAUUGUCCCAGCCCACAAGCCUGGGUGGAACCGCCUCACCCCUCGAGAUGAGAGCUGGGGCAGUUUCACCUGGUGUCUCGCGGGCAGAGGCCAAUAUAGCUUGUUUUUUCAACAUCACAGUAUAUUGGCUGGUGAUAUACCGUGAUGUUGAAAAGCUGGUAUCACCUAGCCCUAAUUCAGACACACUGCAGAUCACCUGAAAUUUAGCUCAUGGCACACUGGGGGUCCAUGGACCACAGCUUGGGAAACCCUGGUUAAGGCUAUGCUUUGCUUGCACAUUCCUCAAUACCUGUUUGUUCCACAGAUGCACACUUACUAAUCCUUUCGUUGUUUUGCAGUAACCUAUAUCAGGGGUGGGAAACUGGAUCCAGAAAGUGUGCUGGAUUGUUGUAUCUUCCCCACUCCCUUUGGGUGGCUAGAGGUGCCUGCCCCAAUGACAUCAAGUGCCCCAAGUGGGCCAUCUGGGGUAAUGAGGUGGUGCCAUAUUACCAUCCUUCUGACAAAAGCAUUGCUGCCACUUACCUAAAUGGUGCGAGGUAGGUUAGGGUGGCAGCAAGGUAGAGACUGCACAGGCACCCUGGUGGGAGCGCUGGAUUGACACUCUUGGCGCACCCGUGUAGCCUUGACUUCACCAGCACCCUGACCCAUCUCCUCACAGUUCUUAUAAGCUGCAGCUCUUGAGAGGUCAGUGGUGUGGCACCGCACAGACCAAUCCCAGUAUACUCUGUAAUCCUGUACACUUUGAGCUUGGUCUCAGUUAACAGGCAUGUGAAAAAAUAUUUGCAGUAGCUAAUCCUAAUAGCGGGCUGAUAGUCCUAAAAUAUAUUUGUAGAUCAGUCAGUGAGUUUUAUACAAAUUGUACUGAUUGACUGUCGGUAAUUUUUGAAUCAAGAAACAUACUUCCUUUUGUAGAUGAAUUGCAUGUAUUUAUAGCAGGCAUCAUCUUAGACUUAUUCUCUCCUAUAUGCUUGCCAGCUGCAAGUUUUAUAACGGCAUAUAUAAAAUAUUUAAAAAAUCUUUGCCAUAUCUCACUUUUGCCAUUGCCUCUGUGAAUGUGCAUAAGCCAGCUCCUAUUGCUUUCUUUUCUUCACUGUUCUUUCUUGAAGUUUUCUGUAACAAUUCUACCAUGACCUUCUUACCUAUUUUUAAUAUGGGCUUUUAUGUACUGACUAUUCACGUUGGUAUGGGAAUGGUAGCAUUUUCUUUCUAUUGGCAAUGGAAUAGAAUCAUGCAGAGCAACUCUUAUUCAUGGCCACAGCAUACGUUAUGCAACAGAUGCAUGUAACAGUCUCUUGGUUUUGUGUGAGUAUGUUUAAUGACUGGGAGGCUACAAGUUAAGUAGAGGAAUGGCAGGGGAAAGGAACUGCUUAACUUCCCCAUCUUUGGAGAGAGAGAAAAAUUAACAUUGGGGACCAUACUCACCUAGUUUGUUCUUUGCUUCUUCAAUUGAAACUACUCUGUAGCUGCUAGGCACUGGCAUAACACAACAGGAAAACCUUGGAAAAUAAGGAGGUUUUUCUUUGAAAUGUUCACUGGAAUGUGAUUCAUUUGCUUAGAACAUGGGUAUUUGUGGCACAUAAAUGCAGUUUUCAAGACAGAAUGACUACUUGCAAAUUAAUCUGAGUUUGAGAUACAGUGGUACCUUGGGUUACAUACACUUCAGGUUACAUACGCUUCAGGUUACAGACUCCGCUAACCCAGAAAUAGUACCUCAGGUUAAGAACUUUGCUUCAGGAUGAGAACAGAAAUCAUUCUCUAGCGGCGCGGCAACAGCAGGAGGCCCCAUUAUCAAAAGUGGUGCUUCAGGUUAAGAACAGUUUCAGGUUAAGAAUGGACCUCCGGAACGAAUUAAGUACUUAACCCAAGGUACCACUGUACACACUUAAUUUAUAUGUGCCAGGCAAAGCAGUACAGUAAUAGCUUUAACUCCUUUGCUUAAAUGUGCAUUAAUACUCUUUUCCCUUUUCAAACUUGCAUGUGUAGGGUUUUUUUCUUGUCUUUUUCUGCUGCAGGUAGUAAAUCACAUGCUGAGCUUCUUAAAUGCCCCAUUGGUGUUACGGGCAGUGAUUGUAAUUGGUCUUAAUUAGAGUUAAUGGUAUAAAGUAAGUUCUCAACAGGAUAGUGGGAAUUUUCCAGUUGACAGGUCUUGAUGUUGUAGCAGAUGUUGACCAGGCUAACUUGUCAUAGUAAUGUUGAACAGUGUUUGAUUUACAGUAUUUCAAAAUUUAUUUGCUGCCUUAAAAGUAUAGGUAGUUUGCUUUAAGCUAUUUUUAAUGUUGCAGUUUAAAUUGUUGUGACCUGCCCUGGGAACAUAGACAGAAGGGCGGGUUAUUCUUAUUCUUAUUACUAUUACUGUUAGUAUUAAUAAUAAUACAGUUCAUUGCUAGUCAGGCAAGAGCUUAACUAUCAGCCAGGUUCAGAUGACACAUUAAGAAAACCUUAGCUUAGCUCACUCCUGCACCAAAAAGGACCAGUGAAGAACAAAGUGGCUGUGAGCUCCUUCCUGAGAACCCACAUAUUUGCACUGAGGCAAGGCCUGGCUUAGCAUGAAGUGUGGACCAUUGCUUCAUACUACUUCCUUAUCAUGUGACAAAUAGGGUAACUGAGUCCUUCUGAUAAGAAGUUUUAGUGCCCCCAUGAGCUGUUCAGCUGAAUGUUUGAGUGACAUAGCAAUACAGCCCUUGCACACCCAUACCCAUUUGUUUGUACAAAUGAAAACGAUUAGCAAAAUUUUCGAGAUGGGUUUAAAUUUGUAAUAUAAAACACGAGGGGGGGGGUAAACCCUGUUGAAUGAAUUUUAAAAUAUUUUUACAAUGCCGUAUUCUUUUGCAUUAUGGAUCACAAAUUAGCUGCAGUCCUUUGGAUCUUUGAUCAGUUUACUUUUGCAAACUCAACAUAGCAGUUCACACACCCUUAACAAAUAGUCCAGAUGUUUACACUCUGUCUAGUUGCUCCCAACCCAGUGAUAUAUUCUAGUUUUUACAUAUUCUGCCUGUUCUAGGACUUCCGUGAAAAGAGACAACUAUUACUAUACUAUGCCACAAAACAUUCCUUUGUUUAACACAAUUCUGUCCUUCUGAAACCAAUCCCUAGAUUCAGAGUGGUGAACAACAGUUUAAGGGGUUGGUAGCGCAAACUGUAUACAUAGUCAAAUUGUAUGGGGACCACAUUUUGAGAUUCUUGCAUUGCAGCAGAGUGGACUAGAUGACCCUCACGAUUCCUCCCAACUCUACAAUUCUAUGAAAUAAAUGGAAAUCUGCAAAGGACUGAAAUACUUAAGAACUCUCUCUUGCAUUGUCUGACAUUUCAGAUUCCUACAUCCCAGCCACUGCCAUUUCUGUACUAAAAUAUGUAACCUUCCCAAUUAGAUUAGCCAUGCAUCUGAUAAAGUGGGCUAUGAAAGUUAUGUUGCAAUACCAUUUGUUAGUGUUUUAUUUUGUAAUGUGCUACAAUAUCCUAGGUUCCUUUUCAUAAAGUAAGAUGACACUUGUGCCUGUUUAUUUGUGGCCAUCAUGAUGCUUAGUUAAGUAGCCUGAGAUCAAGUUUUACUCACACUAAGUGGGUGUAGACCUGGGCGCUUCAAGCAAGGGGAGGAAACGUACAUACGCAAUAUAUAUUUUAAAAAGCAAAUUAGCUCUUGAUGGCCAAAACAAAAGAGGACAAUCCUCAUGCCUUUCCAGGAAGAAUUUAGGCUCUGGGGUGAUUCGUAUUUUGCCAUUCUUAAGAACAAAAGAGAAGAUAGAAAGCAAUAAAGCUAACUGCACUCCCAGCUAUAAAGCACAGAUAUAAUAUUGUGUUGAAUUGAUACUGAGAGAGAGAUUUGUGGGAAGCACUGUUCUAAGGAAAAAUGUGACUAAGACAAUGAGGCAUACUAUGUGGAAAGGCACUUCCCUCAUCAUGCCAAGUAUCAAAUCAGCAGUUAACUAUCUGUACCAAGUAUAGAGCAACAAUUAAAAGGUAAAAAGGUAAAGGACCCCUGGACGGUUAAGUCCAGUCAAAGGCGACUAUGGGGUUGCGGAGCUCAUCUCGCUUUCAGGCCCAGGGAGCCGGCGUUUGUCCACAGACAGUUUUCUGGGUCAUGUGGCCAGAGUAACUAAACUGCUUCUGGCACAAUGGAACACCAUGAUGGACACCAGAGCACAUGGAAACGCCGUUUACCUUCUCACCACAGUGGUACCUAUUUAUUUACUUGCACUGGUAUGUUUCAAAUUGCUAAGUUGGCAGAAGCUGGGACAGAGCAAUGGGAGCUCACCCCAUUGCACACAUUCAAACAGCCAACCUUCUGAUCAGCAAGUCCAAGAGGCUCAGUGGGUUAGACCACAGCGCUACCUACGUCCCCAUAAGUCUGCUAGUAACAACAUGCAUACAUAAUCUGAUUUCUGUGCUGUCUUUCCAUAGUUAAAACCAUGCUCAAGGUGGCUUACAGCAUGAAAAAAUACAUAAUUACAACAUAAGAAAAGCCAUAAACAAUAAAUAAAACACCAAAAAUACACAACCAAAUUGAAACAAUUUCCACAUAAGAUCUGAAAUAAAGGUACAAAACAAUUAAUAUCAGUAACAGCAAUAGCCCCCUCACACACAAACAGUACCCCAGCCCAAGAGUGUUUUCGGCAGCUUCAGCUUUUGUAACUGGAGUCAGUCCAGGCCCCACCCUCUCAGGCCAUGUGGGAAAAGGCCAGCAAGGCAGGGAGCAGGUUCUCCAGGACUCACAGCUGAGGUGAUCUUUGGCCUCUUCAGCAGCCUCAGCUCUCUGAAGGCUAGUUCUGUUAAGUAGAAGAUUACAGUAAAGCUUUAGCUAAGUUCAUUUGCUGACUAAUGUUGAUGUAAGUUAUAACAUUUAAUUCCUACCAUUAUUUUACAGGCUCUUCAAAGUAAUUUGAAGUACUCCCUUUUACCAAGGCGUCUGAUUAUUAGCAAGAGGUUAUCUCAGUGUUUACAUCCAGCGUUGCCCAGUGGAGUGCACCUAAAGGCACUAGAGACCUAUGAAAUAAUAUUUAAAAUCAUUGGAACCAAAUGGCUUGCAAAGGACUUGUUUCUAUACAGGUAAACAUUCUACUUGAAAAGUAAGACUGUAAUUUAAUAUAAUAUUAGCGGCUGUGCUUGCAGAUAAUGUUAAACUCUGGUUUAGUGCUGCAAGGAUGAGUUGCAGAAGGCGCUCAAGCUCACGCUUCCCCUCCCCUCAAGUGCGACUGCAAAAAGCAGAUUUGGAGCUUCUGUUUCAGGUAAACUACAGUUUAAUGUCAUGUACAAACCCUGAACUGUAGUUAGUCUUCACUAUUGUUGUUGAAACGAGCCAACUUCAUAAAGUGUGGUUUGAGGUUAACCUGUUUGAACAAAUAACUAAGAUUAGCCGCAGUUUUCCAGGUUUCAGUAGUCACAAAAAGCUGUGGUUAAUUUCAAAUGGGAACAAAUGUUUCUAAACUUUCUCAUAGCUGCCUCAGGGGAGAAGGAAGUGCACAAGCCCAAGACCCCAUUCAACUCAUCAUUGUAAUACUAAGCCAUAAUUUAACAUAAUGUGUGAAUGCAACCAAUGACUGACACACACUCCCCUUUUUUAAAUCUCUCACUCUCUGUCUCCAGCUCAGGCUUGUUUCCAUUGCUGGCAAAUGCAGCAAUGUCGGUGAGGCCUGUUCUUCUUGGCCUGUACGAGAAAUACUUUAUCCCACUGCAGAAGUGCCUCUUGCCAAGUCUUCAAGCCUUCUUAAUUGGACUCCUGCCCGGUUUGGAGGAAGGGUCAGAAAUCUAUGACAGGUUGGUAUCACUUGCUCUUACAAUAAAUGUCAUUGCAUUUUUAAAACUUUUUAAAAAUAUAUUUAUUUAAUAGAUACCCCCCACUUCCAAGAGCUGCUCGUCUGUGCAGUACGGGUUAUGUGGAAAGGCUCUUGGUGGGGUCAGAGAAGACAAAGCUACUGAAAGAAACAGGAAGGUCAGAGCCGUAAGGAUUUAGAGUUAAGACAUUCUGUUUGUAUUUGGCAAGGGCCACAGGACAACUUGAGCAGGAAGUGCCUGUGGCUGCAGAAUCAUAAGUGCAAACAAGCAGGUUCUUUUGGGUACAAAUGGAAAUGUCGCUGUGCCAAAAGGCAUCUGGAAGCAGCAGGAGAAACUCCCUUCUGCUUAAUAUUUACAAGCUCUGUCAAUGGAAUUUAGAGAAAGCCUUGCCUAUUUUCAGAAUUUUAUGGAAACAUUUGCUUGAGCUUUAUCCUCUAAAUUCACCCUACGCAUUUAUGUUUUUUUCUUACAGUCUUAUAAGAGUGUUAAGUAUGUUACUAUUGCCUAUUGUAGAUAGGAGUGGGGGAUGAAACAUAGAGACUUAAGGCCUCUAACAAGAUUAUGACUGGUAUGAGAUUUGGAACAUCAGUGAUGCAGAACUGAUGCAGUGUAGCUGAGAGUCUUGUCAGCCAUCAAGUCUGUCUCUACUACAUAUAUUAUUUAAUUAUGCACAUAACUUGUGUGGGUGGUUUCCUUUUGGUUAAGCUCUCAGGAUGUGCGCUUCCUUUCUCUAAUUCUGUAAAUUCAUAGUAUACAUUAAUCCAGUUAUGUAGACAACUGAACUAUCAGAAAUGAUUUUCAAAUAUUCAAGCCUUCUCAGACACCAGAUCUCCACCAAAAUCCACAAAAGGCAGGUGAAUGGGAUACUGUUAGUAUUACUUACCUUUCCAAUAUGUUUCACCGCCACCACAUGUUGGUACUCCCCGCCUCCCAAGCAAAGUCUUCGCAAAAAUCUGUAUUUGAAAGAGAAGAAACAAAGGUGGGAAGCUUGCAUCCUGUUCUUAUCAGCACUUCCUGAGGUGAUUACUUCUUUCCGAUCAAGAGAUUCUGUCCACUUAAUUUAUUCAGAUUAUGAGCAAUCAUUGCGUGACUCGUACAUUAAGUCUUACCCAUUAGUGAUGUGACUUGGUGGGGAGGAGAGAUUUAAAGCAGAUGGCCAUAAGUAGCCCCUUAUUAUAUUUAAAUACUGACAGCAUUAAAUAAUUAGCAGCCAAAGGGUGAACUUUUUUUAUCCAAGUUGUAUGGUUGAAGGCAUGGUACCAUGAUCCUUUGAGUCACAAUUGCUAAAAUGUGGUAGGGUUGACUAGAGUAGUAAUUUCCUUCAGCACAACCCUAGAAUCAUUUCUCCAUCUUCUUCCGUAACAUCAGUUCCCAAUUUUGAAUACCUGUGACGUACAUGAGUGGCAAUACUAAUUUACUAUAGAAAGAGCAGGCCUAGACUGGGUAUAACUCGUGACACAGGGACAAAUUAUGUGAAAAUGUGAAUGCAGUGACAGUUCCAAACUGGAGUGAGUGAUCUUUUCUAGAUUAAGCUGUCGUUUUUUAUAUAUAUAUAAAAAAGAAUGGUCAUUUGAUGGAAGUGGUAUAGAAACUUCCCUUUUUGGACUUCUGGGUUGGCGCCUCUGGCAAUGGUGUUAUGGUUAUGAGAAAUUGGUAUAAAUAAGAUUUAAGUUUUAAGUUUUAGGGUUUUUUAUGGUAAGAUAAUUAAAAUAGAUUAAGGUAAUUUAAUGACAGAAUAUUAUGAAAGAUGGAAAGGAUUUGCUGAGAUAAUUAACAACUAGAAUACAAAAAAGGGAGGUGCGAGGAGGUCGAUGAAAUAAGGUAAUGACAGUUAAGGAUUUGGGAAUAUUGGAUCUGUUUUUAAUUUUUUUUUAAUUUUUGCUUUUUGAUUUUGAUGUAUUAUGUGUUUUGCUUUUGCUUUUUGACUUUGAUUUUUAUUGAUUUGUAUUGUUUAAUUGUUACUUGUUUUUUCUUUCUUUUUUUCUUUGUUUCUUUGUAAUCUUAAAAUUCUCAAUAAAUAUUAUUUUUUAAAAAAUAGAAACUUCCCUUUUUCAUUUCCACUUCUUUUUGUUUUCACAGGACAGAUGCUUUACUUGUGAAGUUGUCUCUAGUAAUUGGCAAAGAAGUGUUUUACUCAGCAUUAUGGGGGAGUGUCCUGGUUAGUCCUUCCAUAAGGCUGCCUGCCUCCCUUUUUGUUGUUAGUCAUAUCAACAGAGAAUUAUCUGGAAAACAGCAGAAGUAUAUGCUGGGAACUGAUACUAAGCUCAUGGUAGGUUACACAACUGGUAAUGUGUGUUCUUUGUAUGCGUUUCUAAACAAACAAUUCUAGAAGCAUGGGCAAACUACAAACUAAUCAUACACUCAUGAAGGUGAUACAUAGCCAUCCUUGGAUGUCCUUUCUCAGAUCAUUUUCUCUGGCUGUGUUGAUCAACAGCAACAAAUCUAAGAAUAAUAGGGACCAUGUGAAAUCUCCCUCAGUUUAACUGCUUUGGAAAGGGGGUGAGUUUAUAUGCACCAGCAGAACCUUGAACUGGAACUGAACUGAAUCCCUAUUUGGAGGAACACACUUUUCGCUGAAGGCAACCAUAGAAUCAUAGAGUUGGAAGAGACCACAAGGGCCAUCGAGUCCAACCCCCUGCCAAGCAGGAAACACCAUCAGAGCACUCCUGACAUAUGGUUGUCAAGCCUCUGCUUAAAGACCUCCAAAGAAGGAGACUCCACCACACUCCUUGGCAGCAAAUUCCACUGUCGAACAGCUCUUACUGUCAGGAAGUUCUUCCUAAUGUUUAGGUGGAAUCUUCUUUCUUGUAGUUUGGAUCCAUUGCUCCGUGUCCGCUUCUCUGGAGCAGCAGAAAACAACCUUUCUCCCUCCUCUAUGUGACAUCCUUUUAUAUAUUUGAACAUGGCCAUCAUAUCACCCCUUAACCUCCUCUUCUCCAGGCUAAACAUGCCCAGCUCCCUUAGCCGUUCCUCAUAAGGCAUCGUUUCCAGGCCUUUGACCAAUUUGGUUGCCCUCCUCUGGACACGUUCCAGUUUCUCAGUGUCCCUCAGUGCCCACAGAGUCUUCAGUAUAGAAAAAUAAGAAAGCUACAUUAGUUAGACGAAAUGCAUGUUUGAUCGAAAGCUGGCCCUAGUUCUGCCUAACUAAGAAGGAGAUGAGGAGAGCCAUGCUUGCUCUGUCAUCUCUGCAGAAGAGAGAAGCAAAAAGUGGGAUCAAGGAAGGGAGAAGUAAGAAGUGAGGUCAGCAGUCCUAAGAGUCUGGCAUCUGAAAAAAAUCACUACAGGUUAGGUGAGAAAGAGAGUCUAGGAAGCAUGGGGAUUACACUCUUACCUACUUUAUCCUCAUGCAGACCCCAUCAGCCUUACUACAUCCUAACACUUCCAACAACUUCCCAUUCCCUUUGCCCAAGGGAAGCUUGCGCCUCCGUCAUGCCCUCCACUACCAGGUAUAUUCCUUGGCAGCAGAGGGGUGUAUUCCUCAAAUGCAAUUCUGUUCUUUUCUUACAGGUGAAAGCUUUUUGUGUGUCAAUGCUGGAUUCAAAUGUUCUUGUGCAAAGGAACACUUUGGAAGUGGUUCUCUUCUUCUUCCCAUUUUAUUCAUCUUUGGUAAGGAAAAGACUUAACUUUUUGUGGUCCAACUCUAAGGCUCGCUACACUGACAGGCAAGUGCAAGGGAAAACUGCAUAGGCUUUGUACAUUUUCUGUACAUGCAAGUGGUGCCUUGGUUUCCGGUUGGGUUUAUUUUUUAGUUCUCCCCCUCCCAUUCCAAAAUCAAACAAACCAUUGGUCUCUGUGUAAGUAUUCUGAAGAUGUUUAAAGAAGGGGCAGCCCUGUACAAAAUUCUGGUUCUCUAAGGUGUUCACUGCCAUAUCUACCACCAAAACAACAUGCUGCUUUAGUAACUGCAGUUUCUUGGCCACCUCAAGGGACGUUUAAUGCAGAUUGCAUUGCAAUAAAUCAAGUCUUGAAGUUGCCAGUAGCAGAACUACUAUGGUUAGGCUGUCUUGGUCCUGAUAGACAUGAACAGAUUGCAGCAUUAAAGUGAGAGGAGUUUUAUGUUGCUAAUUUUUUUUAAUUGCCACAGUGCGGUGGCUUUAUUUGUUUUUGCAUUUCCUGGUUUUUGUUCGAGGAAACUCACCUAUAUCUGACUUGUUUGUUCUUUGUUUAGGAUCCCAGUGAAAGUGCUGUCACACUGUCUAGAUCUGAUAUAGUCCACCUUCUCUCAGCAUCCGCCCAAACUCUCUUAAGAAGAGAUAUGUCACUUAACAGAAGGUUAUAUGCAUGGCUGCUAGGUACUGUACAAAUUAUAGCCACAUUAUCUUUGUGUGUAUUUUUGCUGUUGGUGUUCAAAUAACUUUAGUGCACACUCUUGAAAUAGAAUGUUUAAAAACUCCAGGUUUCAUCUGUAUUUAUGGGCCAUCUACAGCAGAAUACCGUUUUUUACAACAUUUUUGUCCUAGGAUAUUCAGGGAGUAUACAGACAUCCCCAAACACUGUAUUAUAUGUAUCUUUGCUGGAAUUGCCUUACACAACUACAGCUGAAGGCCUAACCCCACUUCCCUGGAGAUAGGCCACACUGAAUGCAAUAGGACAUACUUCUGAGUAGGCGGGGUUAUGAUUAUACUGUAUGUAGAGAAGUGCUGUUUGUGUUACUUUGCAUAAGAUUUUGUGUGCACAAGCGUUUCCCCAAUGGAAGGGGAGUACCACAGAAGUAUCAGUUAGACCAGGGGUACCCGACAUCCCCCCCCCCCCCGCCAUCCCCUGUGGCCAAGCUGGCUGAGGCUGAUGGGAACUGUAGCACAACAUCAUAUGGAGGGUACCACAUUGGCUACCACUGCCUUUGUCUUUGAAAAAUUGCACCCUUUAUUGUCAUACAUUUCUUACUCAGUGACUGAAUUGACAGCUUGCUUUCUCAGUAAUUCAGGAGUACCAAGUAGAAAGUUUAAAUUAAUAGAAGCCUCUGUGUCCACUGUAUUAUGAACUAUUUUGUGAAACAGAAAUCAAUACUAAGCCGGACAGUUGAUUAUUCACUUUGUAAGACUGGUGGGAUUAAAGGUCUAUAUUUCACUUACCAGGUAAAUGCCAUGGUUCAGUAGUAGAGGACAUGCUUUGUAUGCAAAAGUCCCAGGUUUAAUCCUUGGCAUCUUCAGAUAGAGCUGAGAAACAAACGCUUUUGUCUGAAACCUUAGGGAUCUGUGGCCAGGCAAUGGAUAUGAUACUGAACUGGAUAGAGUGAGUGGUCUGGCUGUGUAUAAGUCAGAUUCCUAUCUCCAGACCACUAUUUUACAUCCAUACUAGAUAUUGCUUAUGUGUGAGGGAAAAGUGUAUCCAACUUCAUGUCAGAUUUUAAUAGGACGAGCAGAAAUCUGACAUCCUGUUUAUUACAUUUUAUUUAUUCAACCAUUUAUGGUCCGUUUAACACUGCAGUCUAGUAAAGGUACACAAUAAGGUCACAAAAAAGAUAAAAUGAAGAUAAAAUCAGGUUAAAAGAAAUCGGAAAAGGGUACUGCUAAAAUAAAGCACCAGACGUUCAACAACCAGCAGGCCUGUCUGAACUCAGCUGGAAGAGAGCUCCAGAGAAUUGGGCCCACAGUGCUGGAUACACAGCUCCUGGUGGAUGCGCUUUGGUCUCAAUAUAACUCACAGGAAGUUAGCAUGCAUGUAUUGCAUCUAUAGUAGUAGCUCAUAUUAUGGGCUUCCACCAUCUACAGUAUCGAAUGUGACAUGUAUGUGACUCUACAAAAGACCAAAGGAAGUUAAACGUACUGCCACACUUUCUUUUAGGUGGGUCCUGCUGUCAAAUUAAGCAAAAUCCCCUGAUUCCACACUGAUGGCUCAAGUGCUAUUAAUGUCAGAAGGGAAAAGCAGUUCAACCUUUGUCAUAGUUGUUUGUGCAUUGAUUUAAAAGUAUAUUAUAUUGCAUUCAUGAUAUUUAAUCCACUUUCAUAUUUUCUUUAUUUAUCAUGUUCUCAGGUUCUGAUAUCAAGGGAGGUACUUUUCUACCAGAUCCAUCUAUUUCUAUGUCCUUAGAGGACCAUGCCUUCUACUUUUUUGGGAAAUAUUCCAAAGAUCUUUUAGUUGAGGUGCGUAAUAUUCCUUAAAGAAUGUAACAUAUAUUGCAAUAAAUUCCCUGAAAGAUACAUUCCUUGUUGCCUAAUCACCCGUGUGCAAGCUCAGCAGCUCAUAGGAUCACAUAUGGGAAUUUUGGUGGUAGCAUCCAAUCCCAGUCUCAGUGUGUAGGUUCAGCAGAAGGAAGUGGCACAGCCAGGUCAGCAACUGCAUUUCAUUGCUGACAUCAUUCAACUGUCUCUACAUAGUUAUGCUUCUGUUUGGUAGCUCUGAGUGCAAGGAGGAAGCAGGUCAAAAUACUAGAACUGCAGAAAAAUCAACAUUUCCCUUCAAUUCAUAGUCAAAGAAUUGUAGAGUUGGAAGAGACCCUGAGGGUCAUCUAGUCCAACCCCCUGCAAUGCAGGAAUUUCAGCUAAAGCACCCAAGACAGAUGGCCUUCCAACCUCUGCUUGAAAACCUCCGAUGAAAGAAGAGCCCACCAGCUCUUGUGGGAGUCUGCUCCUCUGUUGAACAGAAAGUUCUGUCUGAUGUUUGGCUGGCAUCUCCUUUCUUGUAACUUGAACCCAUUGAUUUGGGCCCUUGCCUCUGGAGCAGGAGAAAACAAGCUUUCUUCUUCUUCCAUGUAACAGCCCUUUAGAUGUUUGGAGAUGGCUAUCAUAUCUUCUCCCAGUCUUCUCUUAGCCAGACUAAACAUACCCAACUCCCUCAAACAUUCCUCAUCAGGUGUGCCCCCUGCACACAUUACAGCUUGUUAAUAUCCUUCUUAAAUUGUGAUGCCCAGAACUGGACACAGUAUUUCAUAUGUGGUCUGACCAAGGCAGUACAGAGCGGUACUGGACACUAUACUUCUAUUGAUGCUGAUCCCUAGUUCUAAAGGCAAUGUGGGGGAAUUGUCUGCUGUGGGUAGGAGCUAUUGGCUAUGCUCUUUCCCUGUCCAUGCCAAACCACAUACUACUUUAGCCGCUGCAGCACAAGCCACUGUGUCUUCUCUGCAGUUGAAGGAGAACCACAAUGUUAGGUUGUAAAAGAGGAAUUCUGAAAAUGGCUUUGGAAUCUGGUGUCAGUUUUCCACCCUUCUUUUCCAUCGGGGUUUGGCUGUGUUUUGAGAUAUUUCAAGCAGUAAGAUUAGAGUAAGUGACAAUGUUAAUGCUAUUUUUGCUUCCAAAUUCAACAUUUGAUUGUUUUAACAUUGUUUUAACAGGCAUUGAUUGAAAUACUGCAUCAAAAUUUUGCAGAAUCUUACUUGGAGGAACAGCAUCAUGCAUAUUUGAGACCAUUCCGCAUUCUCAUAAGCCUACUUGACAAACCUGAAAUAGGUAAGACGGAAGUCUCUCAAGAGAACUAAUACAAAAAUAUACUUGGCUAUGUAUAUUUGUUUUCCAUUUGUUCUAGGUUUGUGCCUUUAGCAAGCCUCUGACGUGACAAACGAUGGUUAAAGAAGAAAGUUAAAGACACUAAGUCACAGCUAAAACAAACCAUUGCCAACAACAAACCCUGACUGCAGAGUGUUGUUUGUUGGUUAUAAACAAACCAUACCAAUUAAUAAACCAUGGGUUAACAUUACAUGUGAACAGGCCAAUAGAUGGCUAAGCAAAACAAAAGGCAAACUUUACACCUUCUUUGCCAAUAGGUAGCAGGAUGCCUACUCUUAUCAUGAUGAGUCCCAAUAAGGCUUGUAGCCAAAUCACUAGUCAUGUGCUUCAGUAUGCCUCCAGGAUAUGCAGGAAACACACUAUGAACUGACCUUUGUUUUGUCCAUAUCAGCUUUAUGGCCAUAGCUUCAUAUUGGUUUUUAAAACAAUCUUGUCUCUAGAUUAUGUUCUGAAUGGCUGUCAACCUUGGCUGCUUGAGUAGCUCUUGUGGAUUUCUAUUGUGGAAAUAACAUUUCUAUUCCUAAAUGUUUAGAAGUAACUUCCAAACUAAUGUUGCAUUUUCAGGGUCUCUUAUGGUUUAACUGUUAGAUGUUCUGCAAUCCUGCUUUUUCCUUCUCUCUAAUGAAAUAAGGAAGUAUAUUCCAUUGGUAUGAGCAUGCUACUGUUACUUCACUUUUAAAAGCCUGACAUAUAAUAGAAAAAUACUACCAUUAUUUCAUACAUCUGUGUAAUAUUUAAAUAUAAGAGAAGCUGUGGCAUUAUUUCUAUCCUUUUGAAAUAUUGCUUGAAAUUGGUGUAUAGGCUACAGCAAGCAAGAUCUUCUCUCAAAGUAUUGUUUGAAUUUAUUUUGAGGAAACCUGGUGCAGAUGUAAAGAAGCGCUAGCCCUUCUGCUUUCAAAGGAAUGGGUUGUAUUUGUUGUUUGUUCUGCUCUGAGUAGACCCAUUGAAAUUAAUGAACAUUACUUACUUGGCAGCAUCUAUUCUUUGAAACUCCCUGCUUAUUGACAUCAACCUUGGAUGUUCUCUUUUCAGUGCCUGCUUAAAACAUUUUGUUCAGAUAACAAAUCUGUGGUAAGGGGACAGGCCACAAUAGUAGCUCAAAAUAAAUGGUGAAUAAUAUGAAUAGUUGCAGUCAUUGCGGGGGGGGGGGGUACAUAUAUUUCUAAGUACUUGCAUACUUGCAGUGGGUCUUGCUGAAGUCUUGCUGAAGAAUAUAAAAUUGAAGAAAAGCUCCUGAAAAAUAGUUGUAUUAGUUUGUUGCAACAAAAACAACAAUCUGUUGCUUUAAAGGCUAAAAUGUAAUGUCAUAAGCAUUCUAAGCUAAAGCCUACUUCAUCUGAUGACCUGAGACCAGUACAGCACUCGGCUUCUCGCUAAGAAUAUUAAGGUUCUAGGAAACAAUUUCUGAUCACAUUGUCUGUUUUUAAUCAUUCCAGUAAAAAUGGAACAGGGCUUGACAAUUAUCUACAUAAUUCAUUGAGCCACUAAGAAGUUGGGUUUCUAUUUCCUCCUUUUCUAUUCUGAAAUAAAAUAUUGCCACUCAUUAUGAUCAGACUUCAUUGUAUCUUUCUUUUGUUGAAGGACCACCAGUUGUUGCGGAUUUGUUUCUUGAAGUGAUCAGAGCAUUCUAUUCUUAUUGCAAGGAUACACUGGGUUCUGAUCUUAAACUUAGUUACAGUCAAACAGGAAAUGUCCUUACAAGGUAUGCUUUGGUCUGUCUUUUUCUUUUUUUGCUGACAUUAAUCAGGUGUCUGAAAAACACCACUGGGAUUUGACUUAUCCCCACCCCACCGCCUGCUAGUUUCCUGCUGACCAUGACUAUUGUGUCAUUGCAUUUGAGUACCCAUUUGAGUACCCAAAUUAGCAUUUCCUUGAAAGUAAAUUUCAUUGAAAUUGAACUAGAAUAGUUAGACACACUUAAUAUGUCGAUCAUUUUUUUUAAAAUAAGUAGUGGUGAGUGAGCACCCCUGCACUCAGUUUAGAAUGGGCACACUGCAAGCAAGUUGUAAUUAAGGGUUUGGUUUUAUUUGAGUCUUCAUCAAUCUUGGCCUUAUUCUGAGCUGAGACCUCUCAAUUCUCUUGAUGUUGACAUAGGGGGAAAUGGCUGCAGGGUCCCUUGUUGGAUUAUCAGCUGCAAAGUCAAUUGGAAAUGUAGGUCCAUUGAUGCUAGUAGUCCAGUAGGGCUUAUGGUAUCAUAGGAACUACAGUACAUAACCCGUCUUGUGGUCAGGAUGCUGUCAGAAGCAUAUGCAGCAGAAAUCAACAACAGCCAAUGAGACAUAGUUCCCAUUUCCCUGUUAGAUUUCUUAUUUUACAAUAUAUAUUUGUUCUUUGACUUCUGUGCUUAAUACUUCAGAAUGCUUACUGGUGAAUAUUUACUACAUUUGUUUGACUCUUGCUGUUUUUAGUGCAAUCAAAGAAAACAAGAAUGCAUCUGAGAUAGUUAAAACAGCUAAUCUGCUGAUCACAUCCUUAAGCACGGAUUUUCUCUGGGAUUAUAUGACCAGAUGUUUCGAAGACUGCUUCAGGUAGCAUGCGCGCUCUCUCUCUCUCUAUAUAUAUAUUAUGCUGUUAGAGUUAAUCUAAGAGUCUGAACUUCGCUACUCAUUCUUGACCUACUGUGUGUUGUAUGUAUUUCCUAUGAAGUUUUAUUGUUGUACACCACUGUAAUACAGUUUGUGAAAAGCAUUAUAGGAAUCUUUCAAUAGUAAUAUAUUUAAGUAAGUGAGUGAGUAAGUAAAUGGCUGAGAGAAUGGUAGAACAAAUUUGAAUUAAAUGAGUUGGUUACUUUACCUAAACAAAUAUUUGAUAUAUCCUUAUGAACCUGUGGGACAGCUCAGUUGAAGAUACUGUUUGAAUCUUAGUUCUAUUUGUUUAUUUCAUAUUGUUGAUGAAUUGCUUCCUAUGAAAUUUCUUUAUUUAACAAUAAAAGCAUAACUAACCAAAACAAUAGUUUUCAUAAUAUGCAGGUUUUUAAAUUCUUGUUUUGUUUGUUAACUUUUUAUCGUAUUAAAGGGAGUCAAGUUAACUCAUCCUUGAUCCUUAAAUGUGUAUGCAUUUUCAUGUCGUGGCAUACAAGAUCCUGGCCAUUGAUAUAAUGUAUAAAACUUAGGGAUAAUAUGCUGCUGCAGUGUUCACUUUCACAUCUUUUUAAUGCUUGAGCUUUAUUACAUUUCAUCCAUAAAUAUCGAAACAUUUCUUAGCUGCAUUUCUACCAAAAGUAGCAAGCAAGAUAAAACAUCAAUGCAGUUCAAUUUCUAAAAAGUUCCUCAAAACCACGCUUUCCCUUUCAAUUGCAGAAAUAAAUCUUCGCAGACACAACUUAUGACGAGGAAUGUUGCAACCGUUUCAGAACUCUGCACUCUGCUGAUAUUUCUUCUAGAUGUAAUACCAUUAGUAAGUCAAUUUCCAGGUGUAUCCCUGCAAAUAAACUAAUUAUUAAGAAAACACAUUUUUAAUUGCCAAAUAUCUGAUGGUGCAUGGACACAUUUGUCAUUUGAAAAGUGUUUUUUGCAUACUAGUCUUGUCUUUAUUAUUUGCUCAACUUUUAUGACUUAAGUCUCACACUUCUAUUAAAGAGCUGUGGAAUGAUAGGUUUUGUUCAACGUUUUGUACAUUUAUGGACAGCUUUUGUGCCCUAGAAGAAAACAAAAGAUUGAUAAUUUGAGCGGGGGGGAAUAUGCAAUAAUCUGCAAACUUGUUUUUACAACUCGUUUAAUAUUGGAUAACUAUGUAUGUGCCGUGUUCUUUAGCUGUUCUUUAGGUUCAAGUAAAGUGACUUCUCUGGGGUCUAUAAAUUCUUUUAUUUAUUAUUUACUUAAAUUAUUUAAUACAACCUGCCAUUCUUCAACAAGCCCCAGAAUGUUAGCAACAUGAGUAAAAGCAGUUGUUUAAAAAAUGACAUCAAAGUGUACAAGAAUCAAUAUUUAUUUUAAAAUGUUAACAUAAUAAAUAAGAUUAGAAUAAAGAUGUAAUUGGUUGCAUGUAUAUACAUAAAACUUAAUAAGCAAGAAGAACUGAUUUCUAAAUUAAAUGUACGUCAUUUAAGAGAUUUGCUUAUUUGAAAUGUCUUGUUUUUAUAGGAACUUUAUUCCGAAGUGCAGUCCCUCUAUCUGCCACAGAUGCUCUGCUGUAUAGUGCAAUCUCUCCUUGAAAACAUGGAAACACUAAGUUUACCAGAGCUCACUCAUGCCUUAAGGACAUGCUUCAAAGUACUUAGCAAAGUGCAGAUGCCCCCUGCCUACCUAGGUACUGAUACAGGAAGCUCAGACACUGUAGGUAUUAAGAGAUGAGUUUAUGUCUAUAAUACAUUUUGUGAAUUGAUUAAUCAGAUUGUUAAUGUGGUCAUUCAUUAUGCUGUGCUGUGGUUCUUAUGCUGUAAUGGGACGCUUCGCCCCACCCCACCCCACCCCGCCAUCGUAAGUAUUAAACUAGGUAUCACUACUAUGUUUCUUACAAAUAACACAAAUAUUCAGUUUGACUUGUCAUGUCAAGAGUCUGAUGCUUAUGGUGGUUUUCUGCACUUGGCCUAAAAGGCUGAAUAUUCAGUCUCAUACAUGAUGAGAGGUGUAGGUGCUUCAGUACAGUAUUUUGCUAUAGUAAUAUUAAUAUUAUAAUAACUAUCAACCGCUACAAAUAUCCACUUCUCAGGGAAGGUAGUGGAGAGUUUGACUUUUACAGGGAGCAACCUUUCUCCUGCUUCUAGAUCUCUUUGUGGCUUUCAGUACCACUGACAGUGAUAUGCUCCUGGACCAGCUCCAUGGGACGGGGAUUGGGAACACUGUGUUACAGUGAUUCUGGUCCUAUCUACAGGACCAAGUCCAGAAAGUUGUGUUAAUAGAGUCCUUUUUUUUGCCCCCUGGUGGUUACACUAAGGGAUGCUUCAGGGCACUUUUUUUAUCUCAAAUGGUAUUUAAUAUUGAUAUGAAGCUGCUGGUGGGGACGUGGGUGGCACUGUGGGUAAAACCUCAGCGCCUGGGACUUGCCGAUCGUAUGGUCAGCGGUUUGAAUCCCCACGGCGGGGUGAGCUCCCGUCGUUCGGUCCCAGCUCCUGCCCACCUAGCAGUUCGAAAGCACCCUUAAGUGCAAGUAGAUAAAUAGGUACCGCUUUAUAGCGGGAAGGUAAACGGCGUUUCUGCGUGCUGCGCUGGUGCUGGCUCGCCAGAGCAGCUUCAUCACGCUGGCCACGUGACCCGGAAGUGUCUUCGGAUAGCGCUGGCCCCCGGCCUCUUAAGUGAGAUGGGCGCGCAACCCCAGAGUCAGUCACGACUGGCCCGUACGGGCAGGGGUACCUUUACCUUUACCUUUUAUGAAGCUGCUGGUAGCAUGAGGACAAAAUGGCAUCAGUACGCUGAAACUCAGCUCUCUUUCUCCGUAACAUCUGAAUUUGUGUAAUACUUAAAGCAGAAUAUGCCUUUGCAUUUGAAUAGCACAAGGAUAGUUCCAGACAAAUUUAAAUCCCCACUGUUCUCUACCAGAUUUGUGUCUUUGUUUCGUGUAAGGCAGUGUUCCAUCCCACAUCUGUUCAUUUACUUAUAAAAAUAUUUAUAUGCCUAUAAAGAAAAUAGCAAAGUGCUUCACAACUGUACAUAAAGUCAUACAAUAAAAACCAUAUAAAAGGUUUACAUCAAAAAUUGGAUAGCUGUUGUGGAAAUAUAUAUUUCUUGUUUGCUUGCACAAGCCUGAUGGAAUAGAAAAAGGUUUUACCAGGCAUUUAAAACAUGUAGUUAAAACAUGCAAGGAUAUUUUAAUGUUACUCAUGUAUGGUUUUUGUAUAGAGUAAACCUCAACAUUCACAUUUGGGUCCACAUCCUUGCAUUAUUUCAGAGCCCCAUGAGGGAAGAAAAUCAGGAACUGACUUCAGAAUCCAAAGUGCUCCAGAAUGAAGAUGACACUCUUUUUCCUCCACUCAAGUCUGAAGACAGUGGUAUAGGCCUUAGCACUUCAUCCCCAGAGUUCGCUCAGCACUUGAGAAUACCUAGGGUAACUCCUGAGAAAGAUGAUGUCUGGAAAAAGGGUGGAAGCAUGCAGAAGACCUUGCAGUGCAUCCAGGAGCUGGUGGCAAAAUUUGCCAGCAAAUACGUAUUUGUCGUUCAUCUACAAGAUCCCAGUAAUGGCAGUGUUCUGUCAGUGCAUUCAAGACAAGGGGAGAAAAAAGGAAACCAUUAUCAAGCUGCUGGAAAUACUUCCAAGAAAAGGAGCUCAUGGGACUCCAAGCAAAUAACUGUGCCUCAGUUUAAGCAGAUGCUAACAGACCUAUUCACUGUCCGAGGGUCAUCUUUUAAACAGAAAGAUCUGGAUCCUCCAUCUCCUUCAGAAGAGCUUGGUGGUGAAAGGGGAAAAAAGGAAGAAGAAUGGGACAUUGACCAAGUUAUGCUUGACCUGGGAGAUAUGAGAGAAGACUGUAGAGAGGCCUUUGCAGCUAUGUGCUACCUCUUAUUGGAUUGUACUACAUUUCCUGUUUAUCUUUCUGAGGAAGAAACUGAGGAGCUCCAUUUGUCUCUCUUUCAAGUGCCUGGUAAGAGGAACAUUAUAAUUUGCAGAAGAGUACAUAAUAAGGCAGUGUUGUGUAUUCAAUAAUCUUCCAUUAGAAUUGCGCAAAAAUAGUAAUGUGAUAGGGCUCUAAAUUUGUAAGUGUAGGGCAAGGACCAGUUAAGGCCUAGGACAUGUAGCUUUCAGAGUGUUGGCAAAGAGCAAAUAAAGACCUGAGUGAAGAAAGGAUAGCCAGGUAUGUGUUGAGCGGAUUGAAGGUUAAAGGAUCAAAUCGGCACAAUCUCAGAUUUGCUUUAACUGCAUUCCAAUGCAUAUUUACCUAGGAGUAAGUCCCACUGAGCAUAGUUGGACUUGUUGCUAGGUAAAUGUGCAUUCAUACCUUGGUUGCUUUCUUCAGCUUAGCAUGUUGAGGUCUGGAUGAGAUCUCUGUCUAAUUUGUCUGUCUCUGUCUAAUUUGCAUUUCCUAAUUGUGCUUUUCCCAUGCACAGUUGGCCAAUGACUUUCAGACGAAAAAUGGGUUGAUGCUUCCAUCAUCUUGUUUAGUAAUGUGUCUAGCAAUGUAAUGUACUUACCUAGUAAUGUUCUUUAGAUUGUGAGUACUGCCUAAGGCUCUUAGAAGACCGAGGUAUCAGUGUGUUUGGAGAAAGUACAAAAAUAUAUUAAAAGAAAAAACUUUAAUGGGAUAAAAAGCAAACCCAAAGCAGCCCAAAGAGGACUAAACAUGUUGAAUAACUAAAGAAUGUUGACUGUUGGUUAGAAAGGAAGGUGGUGGUUGUGGGGGGAAAGGAAUGGCUGGGCUGGCUAGAAUCCUGAGCAGGAUCACUUCUAUAUUAGAGAAGGGCAGAGCAUCAGUUUUGCAAACAGAAGGCUCCAUGAUCAAUUCCCAUCAUUUCUGGGUAGUUCUGGGAAUGUCCCCUAGAGAGCUGCUGUCAGACAGUGUAGACAACACUGAUCUAAAUGCAGCUUCCUAUGUUCCUAUGCACUCAUAGGUGAAGGAUGCAUUGUAACAUUUUGUGGCACUUGCAUAUGUUAAAUGAUAAAUGUUUGCCAAGGGGACAAACUCUUUCAAACAACAAUUGUACUAAAACUGGAGCUGAAACUAUUUGUCUGCUCUCCUCAGGUGGCUGUGAAUCCAGUUUUCCCCUGUGGCUCAAAUCCCUGAUGACAAUAUGUUGCUGUGUCAAUGACUGCCACAUUCAGAAUGUGUCCAUCUCUGUACUGCUAGAAGUAAUUAACCAAUCCCAAUCAUUGGCACUGGUUAUUGAAGACCGAGUAAAGCGGUAUAAAGUUCCUGGGCAGAACCCCUUCUUUGGAAGGCUGCAGAUGGUCACAGUCCCUCCUAUUGCACAUGGGGUUCUCAAACUUAUUUCGGAAAAAACUGAUUUCUACCAGGUAAUGUACUAAAAUGCACACAAAGCUGCAUUAUAAACUUUUCAUCGUGCGUUGGGCAUUGUUGUUUCCAUGGAAAUGGAAUGCUUGUAAUGUGCAAGUGGUUUAAUGUUGUUUACUUGUUUCUAGCUAGCACUUCCGGCUCUUAAACAAAAUGGCAACUGCGACCCUGGAAGAGCAGCCGUAAUGGUGUUAUGGGGUGGAGAAGGGAAGGGAAGAGAAGGGAAAAGACAUCAGCUUGCAGAAAUAGCAUAGGAUGAUAUUCACUAGAGGUACAAAAAACAAACUCUAUCCAGGAUGAAGGUAGCUCAGCAUUCCAUUCUCCAGUGCUGAUGCCCAAACCAUUGCAACCGGCCAAGAAAGUAAAUAGACACAUCCUGCUGAAGUACAAAUCAUUGCCCAUUUCCUUGCCGUGUUAACUUUGAAAAGCACUUACAAAUAAUCCUUAGUAACAAUUCUGUAUUAAACUUUGCUUCACAGUUGCAUAGAACUAGUAAAAUACAGGACUUCCGGGGAGGUGCCUCCGGUAAUGGCGGAAUUCCUCUGAUCGGGAGGAAUCUGCUCCGUGGAAAUCUGGGUCUGGCCGCCACGGCGAAGGCGGAGACCCGUUAAAAUCACAGGCGGGAGAAGCCUGUGAGUGUGGGAUUCGGCGGGCACCUUUUGCGCCUCCCCCACUCACGGGGAACCCCGGUUUUUGGGGGUCCGGAGCGACGUGGGGUGAGCGGCGCGGUGCUUCGAAUCGUCUGCUUCUUCCAAGGAGCGAAGCCGCAUAGCUGUUGCCGGAGAGCGCUGACCUUUUCCUGUGGACAAUUUGAUUUUAAAGUAAUUACCCGUGAGUAGAGCUGAAGCGGAAGAAUUGGAUUUCUAAAUGUUUAAUUUGGUACCGUAACGGGGAGGUUCAAAACAGGAAGUCCGCCUUCCCCUUUUGUAAAUAGACUGAGGCAAUGAAGUUGCAAGCUGGAGUCUUGGAAAGCCUUUUGUAAAAGACUAAAUUUCCAUCGGCAAAGAACAUUAAACCCCCUCUUGGAGGCAGGAGAAAAGGGGGAAGUUGCGGACUGAGUAUGCUUGUGGGAGAGAGCGAAGAGAUUUAAAAUACCGCCGCUCUGACCCUGGAAACGGGCUGCUAGCAGGACUGACGUCUUUUGGAAUGUUCAUUGACAGCGUUUAGAACGUUCAUUGACAGCUAGCUAAACAAGAGAAAUACAUUGUUUCUACUGUCUCCGGCUGCUUUAAAAAGGAGUAAAAGUAACUGAAAAUUGAAACUAACUUUGGAUUGUUUGAAUUGUGUCUAAAAGAGGAUACUAUUGACUAUUACAAAUAGAAACUGUUUCCCCCUAGUGGAAGCCUUUGAAACUGGUUGCUUUACAAGAGCUGGGCUAGGGGAAUUUCCAGCUGCAAGUUAAAAACCGUGAGACUCUGGGACUGACCUUGAAUCUUUUAAGUGUUAUGGUAAAUGGAAGAGGAAAAACAGACCAGUCAACUGCUGACAAAACAUUAAGGUCUGGGAGGACUUGGCAACAAUCCAGGAGAGGUUCAACAUCAGGCCCCCCUGCUCCUUCUGUCGCUGCCUUUGUACCAGUAUAUUUAAAACCAAGAGGAAUGUCGACAGAAGAGGCUUUAGUGGCUGCAUUAUAUAAGAUAAAUGACUCACUGGAUCAGCUUAACAGGAAAAUGGACACGAUAAAUGCGAAAGUGGAUGUUUCAAUUACUAAAAUUAACUUAAAUAUAGAAAGUAUAAAUAAUACCAAUACAGAAACUACCCAGAAAUUGAUACAGGAACCUACUUUGACACUGCAAACUGCGGAGGAAGCCAGGGGAAAAGCCGUUGCUGCUGAAUGUAAAGUAACACAACUGGAGAGAAAGAGAAAGAGAGCCCCAGCCCUACAGAGGCAAUUUGAUGAACAUAAGUUGACGCUUGCUAUGACUGAAUUUAAAGAAAAACAGACGAAUUUGAGGAUUAGAGUUCACCUUUGGUGGACAUACCCAAGGAUUAAGACACUUUGGGAGAUGAUUCAUAACGAAAUGAAAAAGGUAUUUAAAUAUACCCUUUUGAAGAAACCAGAGGCCUUUCUCCUGGGCAUGGUCGGCCAAUUGGUGUUAAAGAAGGAUAGAACUUUUUUUACGUAUGCAACAAUAGCAGCAAGAAUACUCAUUGUGAAGUAUUGGAAGACACAAGAUUUAUCUACUCGGGAAGAAUGGUAGAUGAAGUUGAUGGACUAUAUGGAAUUGGCGGAAAUGACUGGCAGAAAUCCGAGACCAGGGAGAAGAGUCGGUGGAAGAAGACUGGAAAAAGUUUAAGAUUAUUUAUAGAAAUACUGUAAAAAUAAUGAAUGUUAGAAAAAUGUUGGAAUGAAGUUAUAUGGCUUUAGUAGAAAUGCUAUAAGGAAUUAAGUAUAAAUAGAUUAAUAGAGUAUUAAAGGGAAAAAUAAGGUUAGAAUGUGUUAAGAUAAUUAUAGGAUAGAAAACAGAGGAAAAUGGAAAGGAAUUGCUGAAACAAUUAAUAGAAGUGGAAUACAAAAAGGGAGGUGUGAGGAGGUCGUGGAAAUAAGGGAAUGAAAGAUAAGAUAUUGAAAUUGUUCUGUGUUUUAAAUGGUUUGUGUCUUGUUUUGUUAGUCUUAUGUGUUAGUGUUUUGUAGUGUUUUUGUAUUGUAUUGUACUUCUGUAUUGGUUUUUUUUUUGUUUUUCUGUUUUGUUGUGUUUAAACUGUUGGAAAAUUAAUAAAUAUUAUUUUUUUUAAAAAAAUAGAACUAGUAAAAUACAAAACAAGAAUUAUAUUAAUGCACACGCAUAUCCUGUGGGGGCUUUGCUUUAGCAAAAAAUGAUUCUGCUUGUGCAAGUUGGGGCACCCAAAUUCUGUAAUUCUUCCUUGCCUACUGCAGUGGGGCAGGGAGUUUAUGUGCGAUGAGGGUGCACUGACUUGCUUUCCACUACAACAAAGUGAACUUGGAAAGAAUGAAAUUGUAACAUUUUAAAGAAAUUAUUAUAUCUUAACUGCCCUUUAAAACAAAUGUGCUUUCCAGUGGUAUUCAUCACCUAGAUUAUUCUGCUGUAUAGGGAUGUGGGGUGGCACUGUGUAUGUUAAGGGUAUUAAUACCUAGUUACUGUGAAAUCUGUUUUUGCCCUGUAAAAUGGCUUAGUUUGACUUGAGGUGUACUGUUUUCUGUGUUCACAUUAUCUUUUGAUUGCCUUAAUAAACAUGGUGCUGUAUGAUGGCGUGUGGUAUAGAAAACCAUGAACUAUUUUCAGUAACACAGAUUCCUUUAAACCUGCCUGAAAGUGUGGUUUUUUAUAUUUUUUAAUUUCACUACAGAGAGUUGCUCAAGUGCUUUGGAAUCAGCUAAACAAAGAGACGAGAGAGCAUCACAACACUUGUGUAGAGUUGUUCUACCGUCUUCAUUGCCUAGCUCCAUCUGCUAAUAUCUGUGAAGAUAUCAUCUGCCAUGCAUUGCUGGAUCAUGAUAAAGUAAGGUUUAUUAAAGGUUGUAUAGCCUAAAACAGCGCCCUAGUUUUGUGGGGCAGGGGUGGCACAUCACAGUCACUCCUAGAACAGAUUUUGGGGGAGCAUGUGUAUAGCAGGGAGAAAGUUCCUUUGCCCGAAUAGAAAACCUUGCUUGAUAGGGUGCACUGGUUAGCUACCACCCUAUGUUUUUGGAAUAUCAGUGAAAUAUAUUUUAUGUUAAACUGGAGUUGUUUUGAAAUCUGCGAUUAACAUUCCUUUCUGCUAAGCCUUUUAAAGGGCUCCAUUAGACCCCAGAUUGAUACUGUUUAAAAAUAAAUAAAAAGGUGUGCGAAGAUUAAGGAAAAUCAGUUGUGUGUGGUAGAACAUAUGCCUUGCAUGUUGAAGGUCACAGGCUCAAUCCAUGGCAUGUCCAGUCUGAAAAACAAAAUGUGUCUUUAGUAAUGGAGCAUUGACAAACCAAUUGGAAACUCCUGAAGAGUUGCUUCCAACUAGAGUAGGCAGUCCUAAACUGAAUCAGCCAUUGGCUUCAUGCAGUUUCAGACAGUUCUUUGGCUGCUGCCCUGUUAGAUGUGGCUCUUCUGCCCAGUAGACAGAUGCUGUCUCAGCUCCACUCUUGGACUAGUCUCCUAUCCCUCUUGAGUAAAUAUUGGUCAAAAUCUUCCUUCUUACACUGCAUAGGCUAACCUAGGUUGGCAAGCACUUUGGGUAGCUCAUUAGGGCAAGGACUGAGAAGCCUUUCCUCAAACCACAGUUUAUAUUUUAUCCCUUCUUCUGGGUUUUGAGGAGUAGAUGUAAUUAACUGGAUAAUGAAGAGCAGAUUUAAUUAACCAGCCUACUUGCUAACAAUGCACUGAUUUUCUUCAUUUUUGGAAGCAUAAGUAACCACAUGUUCACUAUAAUCCUUCCAUCAAGCCUUCAUAUUUCUCAAACUAAAAGGAAAUAGAGCUAAGCUUUUAGAAGAAUAUAAUGAUUCAUUUCAUUCUGACUACUGCCAUUUUCAAAGAGAUCUCAAACAUUUUUUCUUGUAUUGAGGGGCAAGUGCACAUUCAUCAGCGUAUUCUUGUCUUUCGAUAAUGAUCACUAAUUUAUGUAGGCUGCAAGGCUGCAAUUUUAAAUCUAUGUAGUUGAAUAUAUCAAACUAGCUCAUAAACAUUCUUUUUGUUCUGAUUUUGCUUUGGGUUUCUUUCCUCCUAAGGGGACAAGGCUGGAGGCACUGUUCCGGUUCUCUGUCAUGUGGCAUUUGACCAGAGAAAUCCAAGGCAGCAGAGUCACUUCCCACAAUCGCUCUUUUGAUAGGUAUUGCUAUUACUUUUAUGUCUAUUUUGAUGGUGUAGGUUUAAAUUAAAUUUACUUUUGGUCCUUGAACUGAAAAGACUACAGUUUCAUAUGUACCCAAAAUAUACCUAAGCCAAAAAUAUUGUUGUUGUUUCUUCGAUGGGCAUCUUUAACAUUGUGCUUAGCUUGUUUUCCUAUAGCACUGUACAGAAACCUCCCACAUUUUCACACUUAAGUUUGCUUUCAACCCAUUAUUGCUGGCCAGCCAUAGCUUCUUCCCUAUCUGAUGUGAACAUCCAUACGUGUGAGUGUGAGUGUGUACACGCACAUACACAUACAAACAACAUUCACCUGUUUCUCCAAUUCAAAGAUUCUUAUGUUCACAACACCACCAUAAAGGUUUCAUUUUCUACUGCUGGUCCUUAACAAACAAAUUGAAGAAGGCAGAGAAUGUUACUAUUGCUGGAAAAGCUAUUUUUAAAAUGUGUGUGUCCCUUUUUGUAAACUAGUCUUCCAACUCAACAUUUUAACAUAAUUCUAGCCUUGUCACCUUGAACAAAUAUUACUGUAAUUUCUCCAUCCAGGUCUCUGUUCGUUGUGUUGGACAGUCUUAAUAAUUCAGAUGGAGCUAUUGGCGCUGCCGCACAGGGUUGGUUGAUACGAGCGCUGUCACUUAAUGAUGUUGCACGAAUUCUGGAACCCAUCCUUCUGCUUCUGCUUCAUCCCAGGACACAGCGUACCUCUAUUCACUGUGUCAAGCAGAAAAAUUCAGCAGGUAAGAUUUCAUUUAAGAAGAUUCCUUCUCCUUCAGGUGAAAGGUCUACCUAGUCCAGCAUUUGGUCUCCCAACAGAUGCCCCUGGAGAGCCUUCAACCCAUACAUGAAAACACAUCCCCCUCCCCCCCACACACGGCAAUGCUAUAUUUAAUCCUGGAGGUUUCUUUAGCCAUUAAGGCUAGCAGGAAGUGAUAAGACUUGGCCUUCCAUGAAUGCUUCCAAUUCCCUUUUCAAUGUGGUAGCUAUCACUACAUUUUUUUGGCCAUGAAUUCCAUAAAUUACAUGUUGUGGGCAGUAUAUUUCUUUUGUAUUUCCUAAAACCAUUCCUAGUCCUUUUCAUGGGCUGAUCCAUCCUGUAGUAGUAUGGGAGAAGGAAGGGGGGAAAUAUUUGUUAGGCAUGUCACCUUUUUGUCUAAACAGAAACCCCAAGCAUAGAAAAUGUUGGCCUCUACAGGGUUGAAGUCUAAAUUUGCCUUCUGUGUAGUACACCUUGACUUAGUUGCGCCUUGGCUUUUACCUGUAACAGGUGCCGUGUGUGUGUGUGUGUGUGUGUGUGUGUGUGUGUGUGUGUGUUAUCCUCCCUUCAUAUCAACACACAGAACUCAGUAUCUAGGGGAGAGUCUCAGACAUUUAAUUCUUUUUUUUUUUACUAAUAAAAAUUGUUUGGCAUUUCAAAAGAAGAAAUAAACAAUAUUAGUCAGUAACAUAGUAGACAAGCAUAUGAAGGUCAUACAUAAACAAGAUAGUGCAGAAUCCAAGGCAUUGAUAAAAAGGGUUGAGGUUAAAUUUUUAGUUACCUGGAUGUAAGCAGUGAUCCGCUCAGAAGGAGAGCACAAAGGAAUAGCCAAGCAAUGGCAAUAUUUAUAUCCAAAUUUCCUGUGAAGACUUAAGGUUUACUAUAAAGGUAAAGGUGCCCCUGCCCGUACGGGCCAGUCGUGUCCGACUCUAGGGUUGUGCGCCCAUCUCACUUAAGAGUCCGGGGGCCAGCGCUAUCCGGAGACACUUCCGGGUCACGUGGCCAGCGUGACGAAGCUGCUCUGGUGAGCCAGCACCAGCGCAGCACACGGAAACGCCGUUUACCUUCCCGCUAUAAAGCGGUACCUAUUUAUCUACUUGCACUUAAGGGUGCUUUCGAACUGCUAGGUGGACAGGAGCUGGGACCGAACGACGGGAGCUCACCCUGCCGCGGGGAUUCGAACCGCUGACCAUGUGAUCGGCAAGUCCUAGGCACUGAGGUUUUACCCACAGCGCCACCCACGUCCCUCUAAGGUUUACUAUACAUUAAUAUAAUUAAUUGUUAUCUGACCCAAUUACUAGAGAGAAAUAAACUAUUUUAAAAGAGAGGCUAUAAAUCCCCAAGGAUAUCUGGCUACAUUAAAGAAAUGCAAUAAAUCGCAGCAUUUAAAUCCCAGCAUUAGUAUGUCUGAUCAUAGUCUAAACAAUAUUAUAACUUUUGGACAUGGCAAAAUACUUGGUGUGUGUCUGAGCAUACUAAGAGUUGUCAUUUAGAGAAUUUAUUUCAGCUUUGCUGUCUUUCUGAAAACAAUAUUUCCUGGCUAAUUGGGUACAAUUAGUAAUUUGUAGCUUUUAUGAUAGGUGUUGUCCAGCUUAGUUAUUGUUCUAGGGAACAAUUUAAAGGUUUGUUGUUUUAAGAUAGGGAAGGACAAACCAGAGGAUCAGUAUGUGAGCAUGGCUUGUCUCUCAUGGCUUGAUGUGCAUAUGAGCAUCACAAAGAUACAAAGGAUGCCAUCAUUUCCAAUGUAAGAAGUCCAGUUUGUUAAAGAUCAUAAUCUACAAAUACUAGCCAAUACGUGUUAAUUUUUAUUUGCUGUAUUUAUAAAUGGCUGCCCAAGAACAUUGGACUCUGGGUGGCUUGCAAAUAAAAUGAUAAAAUAUCAUUAUAAAAUAGGUUUGGAGUAUCAACAGUUUCAGGCCAAAAGAAGAAUAAAAUCAGACACCUAAAACUAUACAGCAGGUAGACAUUGCUUCAGAACAUAGGUCCCUUAACAACAGUCUAUUGUGAACACAUGGCACAGUUGCAAAGAGGGUCACCCAUUGUCUUCAGAUACUGGGACGAGAAAGCGGCUGCUGUCUGAAGGCUGCACCUUCACUACUGAAUGGGUGGUCACUUUUUUAGAAAGGCAAUUUUGCUUUCUUUCAGAAGACGUGCGUUUCUGGUACAAAAAGAAAAAAGUCCCUUUCCAGAAGUCCUUGGGGCGUUCGGAAAGCAGCUCUGAAGAAAGUUUGCCACUGAGCCAGUUUACAGCUGUGGACAGGGAAGCCAUUUGGGCUGAAGUUGAAAAAGACCCAGAAAAAUGCCUGCUUAAACAUGAACUGGCUGUAAAUGAUCAUUAUCGGUGUGCAGAAGCUUCGCGAUACGUAGACGAGGAGGAUAAUAGUGAACACACAGAGUCUGCUGAUACCAGCACUGGACCUACGGAUAGUGAUAAUACGUCAUCCUUUUCUCCUUCUCUGGACCAGCAGGAUAUGAGCAAUGACGAGAACUACAGUGGCUCGACAGACGACAAAGAAAGCAUGAAGCUCGUUGGUUCUUCUAAUGUUUAUCCUCCUGAAAGUUCCAAAUCCAGCACCAUGCUCAAUCUGGUACGCGCAGAUUCUGAGAAAACUCAAGCAUCGGAGUCUCUCUCAAGCGAUGACGAGGUGGAUUUGGAGCUUCAAGCCCUUACCACCGCUAGGUUGCUAAAACAGCAGAAGGAAAAACAGGAAAUGGCCGAGGCUCUGUUUAAGCACAUUCUUUUGUAUCUGCAGCCAUAUGAUUCCAAAAGGGUCCUAUAUGCUUUUUCUGUACUUGAGGCAGUACUCAAAACAAACCCUAGGGAGUUUAUUGAAGCUGUAGCCAGCACUAGCAUGGAUACUAGCUCCACAGCUCAUCUGAAUCUCAUCUACAAUCUUCUAGCCCGCCACCAGGAAGCUCUGGUGGGACAGAGCUUCUACGGAAAGCUUCAGACUCAGUCACCAACCGUGUGUCCCCAUUCACUGUUAAUAGAGUUGCUGACAUACCUGUGUCUGAGUUUCCUGCGCUCUUACUACCCUUGUUACUUAAAAGUGACUCACAAAGAUGUGCUUGGCAAUAGGGAUGUCCAGGUCAAAAGUGUCGAAGUCUUGAUAAGAAUGAUGACACAGCUGGCUACAAUGGCCAAAUCAUCAGAGAGCAGGAACACAGAAUUUAUACGCAACUUGCUUGGCAGAUGCAAAGUUCAAGAAUUUGUCCUCCUUUCUCUAUCCGCUUCUAUGUAUGUAAGUCAGAAGUGCUAUGGACAUACAAUGGCCGGUAAGACUAAUGGGUUAAGUGAAGAGUGCAUCCUCGAGGAAAGCCUAAUCAACUUUGGUCCUGAUCAGAUUUGGAGCGAGCACCCAUUGCAGAUUGAGCUGCUUAAACUUCUGCAAGUUUUGAUAGUCUUGGAGCAUCACCUUGGGCAGACUCAGGAGGAGGUGGAAAAUCAACCAGGCCUAUCUAAGGAAUGGCAAAAGUCACUUAACUUCCAGGAGGCCAUUAGUGCAAUGCAGUAUGUGCAUCCACACCCUAUAACCUCGCAGGGAUUAUUUGUGUCUGCCGUAGUCCGAGGCUUGCAGCCCGAGUAUGGCUAUGGCAUGCAUCCAGCUUGGGUGGGUUUGGUUGCAUAUUCCUUGCCAUUCUUUGGGAGAUCUUUAGGUUGGACAGUGGCACCGUUUAUUGUACAGAUAUGCAAGAACCUGGACGAACUUGUCAAACAGUAUGAAUAUGAAACUCUGAAAGUGUCACCAAAGUCAUCUGUAAGGUAAGAGAAUGUUGUUCAUAAAAUCUGGCUUUUUCAUGUUUAGCUAAUUUAGCUGUUGGUCAGUAUGGCUCAUUUUCUAUUUGUAAGUUUCCUUAAAUUAUUUGUUUGGUUUCUUGGGGAGGGGAAGGAUGUAGGAACAUAAGAAACUACAUUUAUAUCAGGUCCGACUCUUGACUUUCUAGCCCAGUAUUAUCUACUCUGGCUCGCAGCAGCUCUUAGGUCUCUGGAAAGAGGUGUUUCCCAGCCUCAGCUAUCUGACCCUUUUAAUUGGAGGUGUCUGGGGUUGAAAUGGGCAGCUGAUCUUCUGCAUGUAACAUACGUAAUUUCACUGAGCUAUGCAGGCAAGACUUGUUUCAGCUUCUCAGUUCCACCAGUAGGGGAAAUGUCCCACUCAAUUCUUGUGGUGUCUCAAUCAGAACAGGCUUUUCCCUGCCACAUUUUCAUCAUCUUGCAAAGUUUAUCUGGUAUUCCCCCUGCCCAAAAACCACUGUUGUUGUCCCCUCCCAUCCAGGACAGAUAAUCUACACACAGCUCUCUCUUUGCUUUUAUGAGUUAGCCAGUGGGCAAACUCUCCCUAGAUAGCAAAGCAUCAGCAGAUAACUGGCUGGGUGGAUUAAAAGCAUAGCGUGCAAAGGAAAGGUUCUAGCUUAAUGGGAGUGAAUGCGGGCUAUCCCCUAAUUUCUUUACAAGACUGAAACAACCAACUGAAUUGUUAACUUUCUCCCCAAAGCAUGAAUUCUAAAAGGGAAAACAUCACACCAGAUUAUCCUCUUACCCUUUUGGAAGGACUAACCACUAUUGGCCAUUUUUGUCUUUUGGAUCAUCCAAAUCAAACCAAAAAGGUAAUGAUGUUGUUGUUUUUCUUGCUUUCUUUUGCUGUCUAAUAUAUACUUUUGACAGGGGAUGUUUCCAGUUAUUAAAGAAUAUCCAUUCAAACUAUGUUGAACUUUAAGAGUGUUACUGGAUUGAAACCAUGACAGCCUCAUAUUAGGAAAAGAUGGAAUAGUGAAAUCAAGAUAAGCCACAGUUAGAAAUUUCCUUAUGUGACUGUGAAAAUGUUCUGCUGUAUCAAUUUCAUGAUUUCAAAGAUAACUACUUUGAGUUUGUGAUUUAAAAUGCAGCCAGGGGAACAGCGGGUAUUUUAGUUUAAAGUAUGUUUAUAUAGUCUGUGCCUCAAUAUACUAUGAGAUGUGAAAUGUGGCCAGACAUUUUUUUAAAAAAAUUGAAAUCCCAGAUAGGAUUUUCUUUAAAAUAUCAAGUGAAUCUGCACCCAAUUUAUUAGAGGUGAUAUUGAAAAUCUAUCCUGCCAACACAUUUCAUUUUCCACUUUAUUUUUAAAUCUGAUUGCAAAGCCAAGAUAGCUAUCCAUUAUUAAGGUAGUAAUACUGCUGAAACAAAUUCUGAUUUGGAACCCUUUUUUUGCAAAUUAUAGGAAGUGGUAUGUAGUGCAAUUGUUUGUAGCCCUAUAUAUGCAUAAACAAGGCUAAGCAAAAAAUUUGGAAUGAAUUUUACAAUGUGGUAAAACAGGGUCUGAUUUAUAAUGUCAUUAUUGCAAAGAACACCCUUGCUUAUUUUUUAUAUAUUAUAUUGUUUAGGAUUUUGAAUGUGUUGUUUCUUUCCUGCAUAUCAAUAGUGUGGGUGAUCUCCAGUGUUGGUCAUAUUUGGAUUUAAUGGGUUAUUUAUUUAUUUUUGUAUUCCCAGUCACCGUGGAGUGUUGACCCUAUAAACCUAAGAAAUGCCAGGAAUGCCAUUUUGGAAGAGUUUCCUCGUAUCAUUAACACCAUGUCUCUCCUUUGGGGUGUCAUAAAAAAGGAAGAUUCUCAAAAAAGACCAGCUGACUUCCUUGGAACAAAAGGCUCUUCUUCGGUUUACUUUAAGGCAACCAAAGUAAGCUUUAUUAAGCCUGGGUGAUCUGUGGGCAGGUGCACCACAGCUGGGAAAACCUUGUCCACAUUUUUCUGAUAGGAAGUUGCUUAGGUUAAUAGGCAUUUUUGGAAGUGAUUGGCAAUGCUUCUGCAGCAAGCCAUAAAGAUAAAGUUCAGGUGCCUACACCAUUGAAUAUCUGCAGAUGUAGUCAACCUCUUUAAAUACAUCUCUAUUUGUCAGAGAGUCACACCAAAUACAGAGGAGGCUUUUAUCCUUAAUCUUCAUUGCUGGUGUCGACCCAGGAUGUGGCACUGUGUAGGAUCUGUCAUCAUAGGGGCUCUGUCCUGUAGGGCCCUGCUGCCCCAAUGACACUGCAGACUAUUGACAGGCAGCCACCAGCAAUGUCUGGUGUAAGGCCCCCAAAUGAGGUGGGUGGAGGGUGGACUAGCCAUGGAUCCACUGAACAGUAGCCAGAGACAGGCCUAAUGUAAGCCUCAAACUAGUAACCCCCCCCCACACACACACACAUCCCAUCCGCUCUGGCCAAUGCGAAUGCCAGAGUUUCAGAUUUGUACAUAAGAAAAGGCUUGCUGGAUCACACCAAAAGCCCAUCAAGUUCAGCAUCCUGUUCUUGCAGUCACCAGCCAAGUGCCUGUGGAAAGCCAGUAAGCAGCACCCAAAUGCAACAUCACUCUUACUUGUGCUUCCCAGCAACUGGUAGUCACUGAUAGCCUUUUUGAUAGCGAUAGCUCUCCCACUAUGCUUCUCCUCACAGCUCCCUUGCUGGGAGUUAGGAUUCCUCCCUGAGUAAACAAGCCUUCAGGAAAUCGCCUUGGUAUAAAGCACAUUUUGCAUGCACGCAACACGGUUAUGGACUGUGUUUUCUCAACAGCAACUGUAAUGUUCAUUUUCAGAAGCAACUUCCAGGUACCACAUGGAAAAACUGCUGCAUGAUAAAUUCUUGCUUAUAAUGAGAAAUACAUGCAUAAUGGGAAUUUAGACUCUUUCCCCCCCAGUAUGAGAACAAAAAGUGUGAUUUAAAAAUAGUGAGCUGCUUACGACAUUUUAUCAGGGCACCUGUCUGUAGGAAAACAAAUUCCAUCCAAACCCAUUCUAGAAGAAAUGUUUGUUUUCUUUUUUAUAGACAUUGAAGAAUAAAAUCCUUGACUUCUUGAAUCCCCUCACUGGGCAGCUUGGGGUGCAACUUAUAGCUGCAGUAGCAGCAGUGUGGAGCAGCAAAAAAUUUCACAGGCAUCAAAACAAAACAAAGGUAAAGGAGAAGAAGAAAUCACAAAUGUGGUGUGAUAAAUAGUUCAUUCCCCUGCCCAAUGAUAAGGGAAAACUUCAAAACAUCUAGAGGGUACCAGGUUGGCAAAGACUACUUCAAAGCAUUUGCCGGGACACCCCCCCCCCCCCACGCACGCAGUAUGCCUGGUUUCUUGUUUUUCCUGUGUCUGAACACCACAGUUUCAGCUCCUGUGCAUGCUUGUAGAAUAGAACCAGAUAUUUCUGAAAAGGCAUGUUACAAAUCAAUUUACAAGGGGUGGUCCUUUAUGUAUGUUUUUGUUUCAGAUUCCUCCCGCAGCUAGUGCAUCUCAGCUUAUACUUCUUGAUCUAGUUUGUGCCCUAAAUACUCUGAAGACAGACACUAUAUUGCAGCUUGUAAAAGAAGUUGUAAAGAAACCAUCCCAAAUCAAAGGUGAAGAGGUAGGUGUCGUUUUUACUCUGUCUAUAAUCUCUGUUACUCACAAAUUAGGAAGUUUCAAUUGCUCAUCAGCCUACUAAUUCCUUAAGUUGAUUAGUUCUUUAAUGAAGAAGUUAGUGAGAGGAUAAAAUGAGCUGAAAGGUGGGAAUAGACCAGGAGCUCUUGGUUUUGCCUCAUCACUAUUUAAAGGAUUGUGAGCAGCAUACAGAAUUGAUUAGCAUUCAGAUUUGGUCAGUCACAUAGUAACUUGAGGGUUAUCCAAGACAGUAAACAAGAGGGUAUAUAUCUGGGAUAGCAUGGCUAAUUUGGGAUCUCUAUUCAAACCCAAGUGUCUUGCAAGGAACUGCAGGUGUCCCUGGUUUUUGUAAACAACUUGUAGGAAAUUUGAAAUUACAGUUUUAUUUCUACAAAACCACUACGUAAACAAGUUUACUUAGAAGCAAGUCAUCACUGAAAUAAUUUGUAGAUUAUUUUGCCUGUAAUAUGUUUCAAAUUUGCGUUAUUGUGUUUUCUUUGUAAUUUGGUAAUAGGGUUUUCUCUUUCUUUCCAGAAAUCUUCUCUAGUGGAUAUCCCAGUGCUCCAGUUCUGCUAUGCUUUCAUACAAAGGUAAAUGAGCUUCUAGGCUGUUAUACAUUUCUACUUCUUUUUGAAUCCAGUAACUACAAACAUUAGGUGGGACGCGGGUGGCGCUGUGGUCUAAACCACUGAGCCUUGGGCUUGCCGAUCAGAAGGUCGGCGGUUCAAAUCUCCACGACGGGGUGAGCUCCUGUUGCUUGGUCCCAUCUCCUGCCAACCUAGCAGUUUGAAAGCACAUCAAAGUGCAAGUAGAUAAAUAGGUACCGCUCAGGCGGGAAGGUAAACGGUGUUUCCGUGCGCUGCUCUGGUUCACCAGAAGCAGCUUAGUCAUGCUGGCCACAUGACCCAGAAGCUGUACACCGGCUCCCUCAGCCAGUAAAGCGAGAUGAGCGCCGCAACCCCAGAGUCAUCCGCAACUGGACCUAAUGGUCAGGGGUCCCUUUACCUUUAACUACAAACAUUAAUGCAUUUGCUUUCUAUUCUUUCCUUUUUUUUUAUUGCACAGCAUGCUUACAGUGAUUUUUUUUGGUCCUGAUGCUGAGAACUAUAGAACUACUUUGUUCAAAUAGCAUGAGCUGCAAAAGAGUUAAUACAAAUAGCUCCCAAGUGCCCUAUUGCUGCAGUAAGAUAUUGUGAGGCAUGGUAGCAACUUAAUUCAUUUUACCAGAGGUAGCAAAUGCGUUGCAGAAACAGUAAGAAUGAUUAACUAUCUAAUUAACAAGCUAGUCAAAGUGUGCACCACUACAAGAUUUGCUGUGGUUUUCAGUUGAAGGCUCCAGGUCAAAAGUCAUCCAAAAAUGCAAAAUAUAAUGAGAAGGUAGCUCCAAACCUGCAAGCUGUAGCAUUUAGGAGAGAGAAGGAAAAACACCAUGUAGGUUGAAGGAUUGUGAAAAGGACACAAGAUCAGGAUAGAAAGAUAAGGAGUAGCACAUCUUUGUUUUCAUUGUAAAGACUGCUUUCAUUUCAGAUUAUUUCCAACACUGAGGUCAUUGGUUCUUUCUGUCUUGUUUCACCUCUGAAGAAUGUACUACUCAUUUAAAUGAAUACUUAAUUUAUGGCGACAGUCUCCAGAUUCUGGAUUGUCUAUUCUUUUCAUCUUCAUUGUAACCUGAGCUCCUUCAACUUCAUUAUCAUAACUGGGUCAUAAAUAUUGUUGAGGCCAAGAAGAGGAAUCUUGACACCAUUUGGUACCUGGCUGAGAGAGAGGUUGUAAAUCUUUCCCCUCCCUUUGUCAUCCUAAUUGCCCAAACUAACGGUGUCAACUUCUAAACAGGGAAAAUACGCUCUUUAAAAGAAAAAUAUUAAUUCUGUAGUGUCCCAUAUGGUGGAAUUUAUUAAAACAUUUGGAACAUUUCAAAACUUAGGCCAUCCAGCCCUCUCUCUUAUUAAAGUAAAAUAAAAGAUUAAUUUCUCCUGAGGUACAAAGUUCCCAGUUUUGACAGCAAGGCAGUGUCAACUUUCCAACAAUAAAACUGUAAAAGAAUGACCCCCUGUGCUCAAGAAUUUAAGGAACCAUAAAAACUCCUUAAACUAAUAGAACAUAAAAGAAGGGAGAUUGACUCACUAGAAAUUAAUAGGACAAUGAUCAGCAUCCUGUUCCCAAAACAAUGUUUUUACAAAUUUGAAGGGAUAAACCCAAGGCUACUAGCAAACAGAUGCAGGAAAAAAUCACUCAAAACAAAAAUACAUUGCCGCACCCAGAAGGAUGGCAAUGUAACAUUCUCCUCUAAAGAAGUAAUCUCAGAAUUUGUUGAAUUGUACUCAAAUAUAUACAGAACUUGCCCAAACAGAGAAUUAAAACUCACAGAACUUGCCCAAACAGGGAAUUAAAUAUUUCCUGGCAGGAUUGCCCUUGGCAACCUUAUUAACAGCAGAGGAACAAGAAUACAUGGACAGCUUUAUUACCCCAGAGGAAAUAGAGACUGUCUUCAAAGACCUAAAACAACACAAAGCCGCUUGCCCAGAUGGCUUUACAGCAGAAUUCAACAAGAAAUUCAAAGAAACCCUGAUGCCCCACAUGACUAGCCUGUUUAAUGACAUCAUAAAGGGGCCCCCAUUCCUAAAACCUGGUGCUCCUCCUUCAAAAUUGUCUCUAUCUCAUAGCCGUUCAAAGACAUCCACAAAGUAGAAUCAUACCGCCCAUGUGAUACUGACACAAAAACGUCCCCUAACAAUGAUGUAUCAAACUGAAUGUAACUGACGAAGGAUUCAACGUUUUGAAAACUGAAUGUACAUGUGUUAGUCAUAAAAAAAUAUUUUAAUAAAAACACAAAAAAGAAUGCUUGGCCCACAUCUUUUUGCUCCCGGGCCUUGUGGAUCACUAUUGCUUCCUGAAACCAAACUUUGCUUCACACUGUUAUUGGGUCUGCUCCCUCUGCACAGAGCUUAGAAAAUAAGUCCAAAAAGGUCAUAAUUAACAAUGAUUUCAGUCCAAUCUUGGACACCUACAUGAUUGUGUGGAGGAUUGUAAGAUGUCUGAAUAGGGGACUUAUGCAAUUCAUAUGAUAGGCACAGUAUUGAUGCACAAUAAAUGCUGGCUAGGAGGAUGACCCUUUCUUGACUUUAGUUUGGCAUUGCUUUAUUUUUCUUUGUACAUGUUGACAUAUUGCAUGAGUGCAACAAACAUGUAUCACACAGAUACAAUUUUCAAUCAGCUAGCAGUCAUUAUGUGUUUGCAACAAUCUCAUUUACAUAUUCUGUGUGCAAAACUCAUGGUCCUUUUGGUGUGAUUCAGUGCCCUUAGGGUCAAUAGUGCUCUUACGGCCAAUGAAACAAUUUUUAAAAAAUUAUUUCCUAAAUCAUACUUUUAUUGUUGAUGUAUCAGAUUUUAUCCAUUCUGAAACUGGGUUUUUAAUAGGGUACCCAACCUAGUGUAUAGCUGAAGGCAGUGUUCCUUUGUCAUUGUAAAUGUCCCAGAAAUGUAUUCACUUAGGGAUUCUUUUAUUCCUCACUUCACCAUGAAGGCUCUGAAGUAAGUUAGAGCACUUGUGUAUUCACUGCUAUCUCAACGAAUUGCAUAAAUUGCCUGACAGCAAGAAUAUGAUUAAUGGUUAAUCUUCAACAUGAAACUGAACAAAAUAGCCUUUCGUGUAAGCCCCUAUCUGAUACUUGCAGUGUGCAUGGUUUCAGUAUUUUUCAGCACUGGAACUGAUGGCUUUGUGUGUGUUUUUUGUUUUCCCUCAGACUUCCUGUCAUAGCCUUGCAGGAGAACUUCCAGUCGUUGUUAGGAGUAUUGAAGGAAUCUGUGCAGCUGAAUUUGGCACCACCUGGUUAUUUCUUGCUUCUCAGGUACGGCAGCAGCAGUUGUUUUUGCACACUACAAUUGUAGCACACUCAUAGUGUACACUAGUAGUGUAAUGGUACACUAACUUGGGCUUAUUCUUCUGCAGCACUCUGAAUGAUUUUGUGACUAGAACUCCAAACCAGGAAAACAAGAAGGAUCAGAAAGACCUGCAGGUACUCCAUAGCAUGUUUUCAGUUCAUACAUGUAGAUCUUGAUUUCUCCCUGCUCCCCCAUGUCAUGCACCAAACUUGACUACUUAAUGGAAGAUAUAUGCUUAAUAGUCCCAAACCACUAGCUUGUUGUGAAAAACGGGUUCUAAAUUCAAUCCAUAUAAAUUGACUGCAUCAGCAGGGUCUUCCGUUGAAGCAGGUACUAAGACAAAAGGGGAAAACCUUUGUUUUAGCAGGAUCUUGCUACCUGUGAGGUACAAAUUAGGGACUUCAAAGCACUAAGUCAUGUGAUGUCAGCUGACUGGCAGAUGGGCAGCCCCACCCACCUGCCAAAUUUUACCAAUGAGGCAGAUCCUGCUAAAGAUCUGGCCCAUGGUUUCAAAACGGUUCUGCUUCUGUGAGGCAGAACUGGAGGCUUUGGGGGAUGAUAAAUCAAAGGUCCAUACCUACCAGACUUGCUGUAAGUGAGGGCUUCGGUUUUCCAUUGGAAGAUUCCUGAGCAAAAAUAGCGACAAUCAAAAACAUAAUGAAAUAGUAAACACCAUAAGAAAAAUCUAGCCUCUCUAAGGCCUCUUAGCAAACAGACAAGCUUGCCCAAGGAAAUGCAGAAAUCACAGACCUGUUCUCCCCCACCCCAUAACACCAAGUCAGCACACCCUCAUGAAAGAUGCUGUUGGGAGAGGGAGGGAAACCAGUGUAAGCUAAAAGAUGUAAGAAAACAUUGAGAGAGUGCCCCCUGUUCCCAAAGUCUCUCUCUUCUUUGUAAUAGAAACCCCCCUUUCAUUUCGGAUCUCAAACCACAUUCUGGUUCUCUCUGGUACCCCUGAACAAUUUUACUUCUCAUUAAUAAUUAGUCCUUCAUUAAUUUAUGACUUGUAGCAAGAUACUCACCUUCUUUGUUUCUUUUCCUUCACUUUCAUCCUUAAAUAUUUCAGCUUUCCUUAUUACAACUAAGUCAUAAAUUGUGCCAAAAUCUGGAUGAAGAACAUUGAAACCAACUGGUUUCUAAUUAAGAUCACGUGGCAAACCACGUAUCCCAAAGUAUUUUUGUCCCAUCCACCCUGAAAUCACAUAGCAACAUCUCGCAAAAAAAAAAAAAAGAAGGGGGAGAUGAUGGGAAGUUCUGCUUCUGCACAUGAGUUUGGCAAACCACCCUAGAAUGUUCAGUUCACAUUGAGUUCAUGAAACAUCGUACCCUGACCUGUUCUUAAUGCAUGGUUGACCACAUCUACGGAAUGCGAUUGUUAUGUUCUUUUAAGUCAUGCUAUAUCAAUCACUAGUAAUAGUUUAUUAAGGAGGUUUUCAUACCUGUCUAACCAUGUGUUCCCUUUCCCAACCUUUAAUCUAUUGAUGAUUAAUGCCCUUGCAUUGUAUUUGUGUUAAGCAAUCAGCAACAAGCACAUAUGUGGCAAUGCUGUAAUAUUCAAUAAAAGGGACUCUCCGAGACAUGCUCGGGAGAUGCCUCCCAUAUGACACUUGUCAUUCGUCUGUCGUUUAUUUCAACCCAACAGAGCUCUUCCUUCUGUACUUUACCCUUGAACCCAGAAAAUAAGUCCAAAAAGAACAUAGCCAACAUGUAGUUAUAGAUCUACAAUAUGUCCCACAGAACUUUUAGGGUGGCUUUUUAAUAGAAAAAUGAAAAUUUCAUUAUUCUAAUGGGCCAAUAGGCAUGUCACAAAUGCCUUGCAAACUGCACAUCACACAUUAGCCACACUGAACCUCCAGCAAGAGGUUCAGUAUUUGGUGGGGAGGGGGAAUGACUCUGUAGCAUGCACUGCCUUCACAGAAUCAAAUGGAGUAAAGUGAUCUUUUGGUUUGCCACUUGUCUCCCUUCUCACAAUAAAACAAAUAUUACUUCCAUAAGACAAAAUGCCCUGAGUGAUGUCUAUAUGCAUGAAUCACUCGUCUCUCUUACUCUGCUUUCCCUUUCAGGAGGUAACCCAGAAAAUAUUGGAAGCCGUCGGGAAUGUUGCUGGUUCUUCGCUAGAACAAACUAGCUGGCUGAGCAGGAAUCUGGAGGUGAAAGCUCAGCCUCAGGUUGCUUUAGAUGAGCCCAUGGCUGAAGAUGAUUUCUGCGGUAAGAAAAAUGGAGACAGUUCUGUGGGCUAGCUGUUGUUUUAUACAAGCAUUUUAGUCCCACAGGUCUGCUUAAGGUGGAGGGAAGAAGUUGGAUCAGGCAAUUAAAAAACACUGGCCAUAUAAGGAAUGUUUAGGUUUCACACAAUGCUCUUCCACCAGCUUCCAUUUUGGAGCACAAAUUCAUUUAGCUAGGUAACUGAUAAUAUAGAACUGGAGAGGAGAAACAGCAGAGCUUUUCCAUCACAUCUGCUGAGACCAGUUGCCUUUAGCUCUUCCCCAGUUGUUCCCUAGAGACAUUCAGUCAAGUUACUUGAACUAUUUCUGUCCCACAUGGUUACUGUAAGAUAUGUGACUUUGAGAAGUAGUACCUGAGAUUCCCCCUCCUCUCUCCCCAUUCAUUUUUCCAUGUGUGUCUCAUGCCUUUGGGACUGUGAGCUUGAAGGCAGGGGCUGUCUUAUUACUAAUCUUUGUAAGCCCCUCUGGAACCCUAUUUUUGGCUUAAGGUGGGGCAGAGAUGCUUCAAAUAUGCCUUUUCAUUUCUGUCUGCCCCUUGAGUACUGACCACAGCACACAGACUCUUUAGAAGGUAGAUAAUAGAAAAAAGGAAACAGUAAAAGUCAUUAGGUUAGCAAAGCUGGAGAGGUGUGUGUGUGUGUGACUUUUAAGAUAAAUUAGUUAUAGAAUCAGAAGAUAAAUGGAUUGAUAUUCCCAAGUCAGACUGAAACACUUUAAGAGGCGAAGUCUCCUCAGAAUUGUGCAAGCAUUUGAUCACACAAAUAUCCAGCAACUUUCUUCCUUCCAUUAUAGAGCUUCUCUUUUAAAUAAUUUACUUGAUUUAUCAGCUACUCUUCAGCCAAAAUAUGUGACUUGCAAAAAUAAAAACAUAAAAUGGAUCGCUAAAAGGCCAAUAUAAUUGAGAAGGUUUUCACUUGGUGCCAAAAAGAAAAUGGGGAUGGCAACGGCAGCUUCCCUUUAAAGGGCAUUUUAAACUGCUGAAUUCAGGGACUGGCAACACAUUGCAUUUUGUGUGCAUAAAUAAAGAGCCCCCAGCAGCUGGUUUUUCCAUAAGGAAAUGCAGCUUGGGGUCUUUGUAGUUCUAACUACACAUUAAAUGCUGAUGUGUUUAAGGGGGGGAAGCAAAGCCGUGAGGUUGAACUUUAGAGCAGGAAAGCCAUUGGGGACCCAGGGGUAUUCCAUCCUUUAUUUGCUUUUAAUGCCCCACACUGGGUUCUGAAUGCUUGUUGCCUUCUGUUUGGUGAAGAACAAGCUGAUUUGCUUGUUUUAAAGGCAUGUGGCUAGACAUUCAGACUAGAUAAGUCUUGCCCAAUGUCUUCAGAACAACUUUCUAACCAUCGGUCUCCCACCCCCCCAAAAAACACCCACUACUAAUGGGAAAAAGUUUAAGGGAGAGCAUGAAAGAAAAAGAAAAUGUUCCUUCUUCUACAGAUACAUCAACAGUACCUUCUUCAAUGGUCUCUGCCUCUGCCCCAUCCGUGUACAGUGUUCAGGCCCUCUCUAUCCUUGCAGAGGUGAGUCCUGAUUUCUUUUUACUCUGAGAGGGAAACCGCUCUAUAGCCACUAUCCUUCCUAUAUAUAUGUUCCAUAAGUGAAAGCUCUGCAUGUUCACUGACCCUCCAUUAACAGGCAGAGCUGCUUGAGCAUACAGCAUUAAGCCAGCCAUGGAGGAGGGAAAAGGGGAUGCAUCAGUUGCAUUGCUAAUGUUUUGGAAAUCUAUCUGAAGAAGUGUGCAUGCACAUGGAAGCUCAUACCAAUAACAAUCUUAGUUGGUCUCUAAGGUGCUACUGGAAGGAAUUUUUUUAUUUUGUUUUGGAAAUUUGACACUUCACAAUUUUCAGGAUUACUGUGAAAUCAGAAGAGCUGUUCUUUUUUAAAUGGAACGUUCUUUCUCCAUAGGUUCUUGCUUCUCUGCUGGAUAUGGUUUACCGGAGUGAUGAAAAAGAGAAAGCAGUGCCUUUGAUCUCGCGUUUGCUAUAUUAUGUGUUUCCUUACUUACGCAAUCACAGGUAAAUAAAUUUUUCCUUACAUCACCUAUAUAUAACUCAUGCAAUAUACGCACCAUACUUGGGGACCUAACUUGGGCAGAUUCCUUGCUUCAAGGUCAAAGCUCUUCCAAGACUGUUAUUUUGUAAUCUUCAUAGAUCUGCCAAGCAUUAAGUGAUUGCUGCCUACUGCCAAGAUAGCACACGUAUCCUUAUUGAAACGAGUCGAGAGCAUAGUAAUUGUGAUGCUUUUUUUCUGAUGGUGGGGAAAUGGAUGCUUGACUGGCAUGGAAGUAUGUGGAAAUUUGGGAGGGUACAAUGAGAAUUCAGGUUCAACUAUGGAAACAGGUACUCCUCUCCAGCUGACAGUCCUGACUUACAAGAUAUGACUUGGCUUAAGGUUGCUCCUUGAAUACAAAGCAGCAAAGCAGCAAUCUUAUUGCCAGAAGUUAGAAAUGUCAAAAGAAGAACAUAAUAAUUUAUCAGCCAUGAGAGGGUUCCUCUGCUUGCUGGUGGUACUGACUCCAGAUCUGAGCUUGGAAAAGAUAACACAUUAAUUUUCCUUGCAACUAACAUAAUUUUUUUGUUCAAUCAAUAAUUAUCUUAUUGAAUAUCAACAAGGUUAAAGUAGAAUGUUGCUAUGAAGUCUCUCAGUUUUGGGAGCAUGUGAGUGACAUACAUAUUUGGAAAGUAAGUGAUUUGUCUGUUGUGUGUGUUUGUUUACAGUGCCUACAAUCUUCCUAGCUUUCGUGCUAGUACACAGUUGCUCAGUUCUUUAAGUGGCUAUGCUUAUACCAAGCGCGCAUGGAAGAAAGAUGUCUUAGAACUAUAUAUGGAUCCAGCUUUCUUCCAGAUGGAUACUUCAUGCAUUCAGUAAGGUGUAUGACUCGGGCAGUCUUGUUGUUGGCUUCUGAAUGUACAAAUGGAUAAACUCCAGUAGAUUACAAUGAAGUUGUACUUUUAAUUUGGAAUCUCUCUAAAGUUGCUAAUUUUCCAGUGAUUUCAUUCAGAAAAACAUUGGUCUUUAGAAAAAGAGCAGGUUAUCGUCACUGUGUUGAGAGAGUAUUUUUAACUGAAACUUUGAUUACAAUACAUCUGCAUCUAUUCUAAUACAUUAUUUUAAAGAUGUGCAAGGCAUGGUAAAAAACUAAAGUCCCUCAGGACUGUUUCAAUAUCAAUAUGAAAUUUUCUAAAGAGAAGUUAGACUGUCAUGUGUAGGAAAUUGUGAUAAACUGUGCAGCUUGGAGUUGUCAGUGUCUGCAUUCAUCAUAAACUAAGCACAAGAUUUGCACAAUUUUACUGCCCAGCACCUGGUUGACUUUGAAAGAAAUGUCAUCUUUCUUUGUGCUUGCUUCACACAAGGGGCUAGAAGAGUUAAACUUAAAUUACACUAAACUUUACUUAAUUGUUAAAUUUCUUCAGUUGGCGAGCCAUUAUCGAUCAUCUUCUGACACAUGAGAAAACUAUGUUUAAAGAUUUGAUGAGUAAGUAUUUUUUCAUAAUUAUUAUCCCAUUACUUUUAAUAGAAAGUUCAAAUCAAGAAGAAAACAACCAAUUAAACUUUUUAUCAAGGCAGCAGCUGUUUUUAUAUAUAAAAACAACUUGAUGUUAAUAGCAAUUCUGUUCUUGAUUACAGCUAUGCAGAGCAGUUCUUUAAAACUUUUUCCAAGUUUUGAGCAAAAGGCAAUGUUGUUAAAGCGUCAGGCCUUUGCAGUUUUCAGUGGAGAAAUUGAUCAAUAUCACCUUUACCUUCCUUUAAUACAAGGUGAGUGUUAAAGUUUGCAUUGUUCACAGAUGUUCAGUAAAAGAUGUGAAUGGAAAGAAGCAUGCAUACAUAUAGGCUCAGUUCAUUUAACAACAACAAACCAUUGUGUUACAUAAACAAUCCACAGACUCAUAUCCUCCUGCACUUCCUCUUUUACACCAAAUCAUAUAAAAUGGAAAGCAGAACUGCAAAUCAGGAUAAAACAGGUUUGAAAUUCUGAUUUGGAGGGCAAUCACAAAGCAUAGUUUGCCAGUUAAAAUGCAACAACAAACUAUGAUCUGCCAUGCAGGGAAGGGCAUUGGAGCAUGCAAGAAGGGGGACGUGGAGGGAAAAUGAGCCUGAUGCUUGCUUAUGCAAAAGCCAAAUUAUGAUUUGAUAUUACAGAUGAAUGGAGCCAAGUGAAGGUUCCAAGUUGGCAGUGAGGUGCAUUGCUCACAGAAUGAGGGUCUGUUGAGUUUUCUCUAAAUCUGAGGGAUGCAAAUUCAUCUUCUGAUUUUAGAGACAGAGCUCUAUACCCUUCAGAAUAGUCUGACUGGAGUGGAAAUUGGAGACACUGUGUUGCAGCAGUUCCAUCCCUAUCUAGAUAGGCAAUCUCUGGAGGUGGUUCUGGGGGAAUAGUCUUCCACCCCUUAGUAAGGGGUCAAGCAUGUUUCUCCCUCGUCAUAUCUGCACGAAACCACUGAGUGAGGUCUUCUGGAGGUUUGGGAUGAGCUGUCAUCAAUAAACCAGUGGCACCCAUCUCUUAGUCCCAUUUUCAUCAAAUCUGAGUAAAGCAGUGGAAGUACUAAAUCAGUGCUUAUAUUUUCACUAAUACACUGGAUAAGGACCAGUAAACCCAAGCUCAGUCCAGACAAAACAGAGGUAAUGUGGAUCAGUGAUUCUUCUGCUCAAGGGUUUGUCCUAUGUUAGACAGCCUUGCACACCCUGGAGGGACAAGCCUGCAGCUUAAGGAUGAUCCUUGGUCCAUCACUAAAGGCACAAGUUGCUUCUGGAGCACAAGGUUCCUUCAACCUGCUUAGCCUGGUAUACUAGCUGUGACCCUAGCCUUGUGGCAAGACCGCCUGGGAGAAUUUUACCUCUAUGAUUUCUAUAUAUCCAUGUAUCCUAAUGAUGCUUAAAUCACUAAGGCUUCAGUAGGGCUACAAGUGGCUAAAUCUCAGGAAUCCAAAGUCUACCUUUGCCCUAUUUCUCUCUGGCCGGCUAUUGUGCUUGAAGGCAACAAUAAAUCUGAUGUGUUGGCAUUUUUCUAUAGGGAACCUUCCCCAGACUGUUUCUCAUGCUCGUGAGAUGGGGGACAGGAAAGAGAAGUCUGCCACAGAAUGCAAUGUUCUAGCCCAAUAACAGAUGGGGGGGGGUUACUCAGGCUUCAACUGUCAAAUAGGUUUCUUUUCCUCUUUAUAGCUGAAAAUUAGGGUAAAGGGCAUCAUGAUGCACAAUAUGGAAAAGCAGAAGUAUUCUUUACAUGGGCAUAGGAAGGGCUCUUGCCCCGCUCAUUGGCUUGAUUUUGCUGCAAUAUAAUAGCACUGUUUGUAAUCAGGUAUAUAAACCCAAUGCCCAAGGGGCUCCAGGACCCAGGCUCUGGAAAAUAUUCCACUGGGUGUUUAUUGCUCAGCAAUAAACUUUGCCUUCUUUUUCGCCACUGCUGCGUCUGUCGAUUCUUGGACACAUUUUGAGUGGGCAACUGGUAUUCCUUGUGGGCUGCUUUCUGAAGACUCUUUUGUAUUAGUGCCGAAUAUGGCUGCCAGGUUACUAACUGGGACUGAGCAUUAUGAUCAUAUUAUGCAGUUUGACAUUAUUUUGCAACUGUAAUUGUUAUCCUAGUUCAUGUGUAAUAAUUUUCCAAUGGGUAAGAAGCUUGAUCAGUCCCAGGAUGAUAUAACUAAGCCAGCCAGAUACGUUUUAGCGCUCCUGAUUCAUUACAGUUCAAUACAAAAGUGUCUUAAAUCUUUUUGUAAAUUUUAUUCUAGAGCGACUGACUGACAACCUGCGUGUUGGACAGACUUCUGUAGUAGCUGCCCAGAUGUUUCUGUUCUUCAGGGUUCUUUUGCUAAGAAUUUCCCCUCAGCACCUAACUUCAUUAUGGCCGAUCAUGGUGACAGAGCUGGUAAAUGGUCCUUAGAAACAAGAUGAGACAAUAGCCUUCAAAAUCUCAGGGGAACCUCCAUUCUAUAGUCCAUACUUGGCCCCCCAGGUCUUGGCAUUUGGCUUGCAAGCCCAUUUGUAGGAAGCCAUGGCCACCUACCCUGCAGCUGACAUCAUAAAAAGAGACCCCUGACCAUUAGGUCCAGUUGUGGACAACUCUGGGGUUGCGGUGCUCAUCUCGCUUUAUUGGCUGAGGGAGCCGGUGUACAGCUUCCGGGUCAUGUGGCCAGCAUGACUAAGCCGCUUCUAGCGAACCAGGGCAGCGCACGGAAACGUCGUUUAUCUUCCCGCUGGACCGGUACCUAUUUAUCUACUUGCACUGGCGUGCUUUCAAACUGCUAGGUUGGCAGGAGCAGGGACCGAGCAACGGGUGCUCACCCCGUCGCGGGGAUUCGAACCGCCGACCUUCUGAUCGGCAAGUCCUAGGCUCUGUGGUUUAACCCACAGCGCCACCCACGUCCCUGAUAUCAUACCUGACAUCAUACCUGGCAUCAUAUCUGGGGCAAAUAAGGAUGGGGCUUGGCCUAAAGAGGCUUUGCACACCAAAACCCAGCACUAAGCAAAAUGAACCUUCCCACAUAUCAUUUCAUGCUAGAGCAGAUCAAUCUACUUCACAGAACUCAAUGCUAAGCAGUAAAGAAACAUCAUUUGAGGCCUUGCCCUUCUAGGAAGGUGCCUUAUUUUAGCAGAAGCAUAAUAGAUUCCUGUGUAGGUAGCUCUCUAGACCGCCAGACUUGUAGACUCUAGGCCUUGAGGGGAAAUGGAGUAGCCCAGUUAAUCAGCAGUUCCUGAUCAAGAGUAAAGUAAAUAGUUAUUUGUUGAAGAAUAAGAGUAACAUUGCAGAAAAGAAAAUUUAUAGUGUAAGGUUUUACAAUAUCAGCUGAUUUUCAAUCCGAAAGCCGAAAUUUUCACCAGGAUUGAACCCUAAAGAUAAGACCCUAAUCUAAGUCCAAACGUAGCGCCAAAUUUAUAGAUCCAAAAGCCAGCCCUCAAAGGGUUGUUUCCAUUAUAUAUAUAUGUCAUUUCCAUUAUAUCUUCCACUUCUCUUUCUUCUUACUUUAGUCAAACAACCCUAAAUAGAAUGGCUGAGGAAGCCGUUUUGCAAUAAAGCACUAGCAAGCAAAUUAAAUAAGUUAAACGUCUCACUAUUGAAAAAGUUAAAAUGAAUGACCCACAUGAACAGACCUAUAGCACUUUUAUCGGGGGGCAGAUAAAAAUCCAGCGCACCAGGCCAAAAGGUUUUCCCACUGCUGGUGUAACUAAUAGGAAAUUUCAGUAAACUGUUGACAGUUGAGCCUUGAGAUAGUUCCUAUAUGCAUAAUGUAAUGUGAAGCUAAUAUUGAAUUGUAUAUAUUAAUACCUUGUUGGUUUCUUCUUUCAAUUCUGCUACCCAGAUUCAAGCAUUUAUACAGUUAGAGGAAGAUUUAGCUGAAGAGGAGGAACCAGCAAAGUAAGAAUUUUUUGCUGUACAUAAUAAACAGAUGAUCCUUGGUGAGACCAUUCAAUGUGGCAGUUGUAGUUGCUUGCGACCUUGUGACCUGUUUCAUAAGUCUGCUUGCUUUGGGAAAGAGCCAUAGCUCAGUGGUAGAAUUCUUGCUGUCCUUGCAGAAGUCUGGUUCAGUCCCUAGCAUCUCCAGUUAGAAGGAUCAAAUAGCAAAUAAUUGGGAUGGGGGGGAGAGCACAAUCUGCAGAGCCACUUUCAGCCUCAAUAUGCAAUACUGGGCUAGAUGGAUUGUUAGUCUGACCCUGAUGUGAGGUAAUUUGUGUUCCCAGCUUUACACAAAUAAAAUAGGAUGAGGAUCAUUGUAGGGAAGACAAUGGGCUGGUCUACGAAUGCAUUUAUAUAUAUUUUUCCCUCAACAUCUGAUAACUCAGCACCUGGUGACAGCUGACAUGUGUGGCCAGACUAAAUUGAAAAAGAAAUGUACUUGAAAUGACUUUGAGAGUUCUGUCUGUGUUACUAGACUGUGGUGGCUCAUUCACAAAUGCAGAUCAUAGUUUUUAUAUUGCAGUCACUUCAGGGAAUGAACAUUUGUCUCAAACCAGGCCAGUAAUUUUAAGGGAGGAAAAGAGAAGCCAAAGCUUUCAGAUACACAAAAGAUUUGGUAGUGGAAUAGCUCCUUAUUCGGAAGUUGUAUUUCUGAAAGCUGAAAAGUAAGAUAUGUGGGAUAGAAUAGUGAUGUGCCCUUUUUUUGCUGGAUGGGUUGGAAUAUUUGAUAAAAGAGCAAAUUUCACAUCAUCAGAAAUUUGAAUGCUAUAAUGAAUACUGCUAUUGCCAAUAAAUUGUUCUGGCUUAGCAUUUUAUUUGAAUAUCAUCUAUUUGCUUACAUGGGAGAAAGUCCUCGAGAAAACAUUUGAGGCCAUAGUGGACCUUUCCCUGUGGAGCAUAACCUCUGGGGGCUCGAUAACCACCUUCCAAAGUCUUUUCAGAUGUAGCACAUUUGUUUCAUAAAUAGCAUUUCUAAUAGCUGCUACCUCGCAGAAGCAAGCUGCAGGUUACACACAAAGUCCCAGCUCUCUCAUUUUCCUUUUAUGAAAAACAACUGUGAUUUUGAGUAGGGAGCUCUUUGGCCUUUUCCUAGCGUGCCAUUUUCCCCUUUAAAAUCACCUCCCGCCUUUUUCCCAUAAGAGGGCAUCAGAUCUAUACGUAUGCACCUGUUAGGCAGGGCUUCACCCAGGAUAUGGUAAGAAAGCACAUGAAGCCACCAACUUGCUGAAGUUAAAACAGGUUUCUGGUAAGUGGCUGAUGGGAGACCUCCUAGAAAAACCCCAGGGUCUCCCUGAGGUACAUGAUAGAAGAAAGGUGGGAUAUAACUGCAAGGAUAUAAAUUUGUAAGUCAUUUUUUGGUUUGCCUCUUAUUCAGCAAUUACCUUUUCUUUAAAAAUCCAAGAGUAAAUAUAGCUAGCUAUGUAUUCCUUAAUUUUCAUAUUUAUUAAUUUCACAGGCACAACAGUAAAAUAAGUAAACAGAAAACAUCAGAGGGCAAUGGCCCAUUGCUUGGAGACAUACAGCAGAAUGAGCUCUCCUUGUAUUUAUCAGCCUGCAAAUUCUUGGACACUGCACUUUCUUUCCCACCUGACAAGAUGCAAUUGUUUCAGAUGUAAGCAUGCUUAUUUUUAUUCCUAUGACAGUCAGAUAGUGCAGCAUGUUGAGAAAUGAGAGCAUGUGAAGGUCAUCAGGCAGCCCUUGUACAUCCCUUUGCUGCAUUUUUCCCCUGGCCCUUUUUCUGUUUGUGAGCGAUCCAUACGCAGGGAGGCCAGAUUGUAUCCUGCUUUCCUAGUGCCGCAUUGCCACCUGGAGACUUCACAUGUUCUGUAAGCCUUUCUUCUCUUUGCUGCAUAGAUUUGUUUGACUCCUGGAGAUUGAUGGUUUCUGUGUUUCACUUAUUGAUUUUGUUUAGUUUCUUUGGGUACCUCCCUUUUGGUGGCUGUAUGUGAUAACUGAGUACACUCUUCAUCUGCAAGAUGCAAAGCGGUCCUGCGGUUUUUUUUGUUAUUAUUUUUUAAUUCAUAAGUAGAAAAUGUGCUGGGUGCCUUUUUGCCUUUGUGGUGUGAUAGUUUAGUUUAUGGUGCUGCAAUAAGAAUAGGCACCCCACUAAUGUCCUCUGCGCAGUUCACUGCCAAACCUACAUUAGUUGCUCCCACCCUGAUGGCAUGAAGGAAGAGAGAUGGCGCUGUCCAUUGGUCAUGUGUGUUGAACCGAAACAAGUUGAAUGAUUGUGCCCAAUAGCCUGUUGGAUGAUUGUGUGCUGUCAGAAGUUCAGCAAAGUGAUUCAAUUUCCCACAACAGCCGAAGUGUAACAGAGGUUGUUUUACUUAAUAAAUACAAAACACACUAUACAGUUACUUCAAGAAGGCUUCUCUCUCUGAGCCCAGAGAAGGUUUUCAGCUUUCAGAGUCCUUGCUUAAAGUUCUCAGCAAGUCCAAGGCCACCAAACUCCUGCAACUUCAGUCUUCUGUCUCUUCUCCACAAUAUUUCUCCAUGCAGAAUGCUUCUGAUAUAGGCCAGAACUGAAUGCUAAGGCUGCACAGCACAAAGACUAAGACAGUCACAAGUUGUCUGUAGCUGCAUCCUGGGGGAAAAGAACACAUUUUUUACCAAUUUAUGGAGGAUUAACUCAUUCCUUAACCAGAAAUAGGUUUUCACCACAGUAGAAUAGACAUUUACACUUGUCACAUAUAAGGACUGUAUAGAGAACCUCACAAUUUUCUACAUGAGAAGGGCUUCCCAGAAUAAAAUUGUUUUCUUAAGUGAAAGGGCCAUAAAGAACAGUGGUGAACUGGCAUAACUUCAUUGACGUUUUCCCAUAGAAUAGGGGGGGGACUAACCUUUUUCAACCUGUGGGCUGUUUUAACGGUCAUUCACCCCUCUGAGAACCAUGUGUCAGUGGCAAACAUGGCCAAUGCAAGUGUGGGAGUGCGCACACAUGCAUACUACAGAACACAUGGACCCUCACCAGACAUGCAGUCACACAGCUCAUGCUCACUUUCUCAUAUGUGCACUCACACAAACACACAUUAUCAGCAUUGCCAGCGCUUCCUCCCAGAGCACUCAGGUGGUUACAAACACUGCCUUUUACUGUGCACAAAAGGAUCUGUGCAAAGUAAAAAGGCAGCAUAUCCCAUCCAUUGCUGGGAUGAGGGGAAAUACUGCAUUUUACUCUUGAAAGAGCAGCCAGAGGGAUCUUAUUUCCUGAGAUCAAGAGAUAAAGUACUCUGGCUGGUCUGUAGAGAUUGCCGUCUAAAGAUCAGGGAGAAUACUUUAUCUCAAUCAAAUCAGCAGAUAAGCCUGUAGGGGCGGACAAGCCAUUUCCCAUAGCUGGGCAGCUGCAUCCAGACUGCAGGUUAAGCACUCUUGCAGAAAACAAAUGAGGCCUGCUACAUCAAAGUAACUACUGCAGUCUCAAACUAGAUUUUGCACAUUGGUGCUUCAUUUCAGUGUUUGAAACCAAUCGAAACAUUAGUGUUGUCCUUGUAGUACUGUAGCACCCUGCUUGUGGUUAACGCUUAGCUGGAAUGAAAUAUUCAACGCAGCAAUAGAGAAAUUAAAAUAAUAAUUUAUUUGUCAGACAAAUAAAUGAGAGACACAGUGGUAUAUGGUUACCAAAGCUCUGCCCACUCCAGCCCUGAUGGCCAGCACUUAUAUUUCCUCAGCCCAGCCCCCUUGCUCCUCCUUUGGCUGCCUCUGUCCAAUCAGCCUGGUUGAAAUUCCUAUUGGCUGUUUGCUAGAACCAAUCAUAAAAGAUACACCCAUUUCCUAUUACCUUUUAUGGGAGACAAAGAGCUAUAUUUCCUUCUAUCCAUAAAUGGCAGACAAGUAGCCAUAUAUCUUAUAUUUGCCUCGACCAGGCACCUUAAUUACCAGAUAACCUUUGGCCCCUGCUGCCCUAUUACCCUAUUGCCCUAUUCACUCCAAAACAGAUGGCUAAAACAGAUGGCUCAUGGUAACAGAGAUCUUGGGUUCACCUUCUCACACACCAUCAAUGAUAUAAGAAUCUAACAUUUCUUACUUUCUAAAGCCAUUGCAUAAUUACAUUAAGCCAAUAUAUUUCAUACAUAACAUAGAUAGAUUUUUAGAAGAAAAGGAACAGUUUCAAAGUAAAAAGGACUCAGUAAAACAGCUUCGAAAGCAGCCUCUUUAGUUUACAACUUCCUUUCCUAGCCAGCUGCUGUUCCUAUUAGCUCUUGCCCUUUAACCUUAGGAAAAUAUGACUCGAGUCUUCUGUUAAACAAUAAAUUUUACUAUUUACCAACUCUUAAUUAGUGUUUUUGCAGCUUGAUUGUAUUCUGUAAUUUGUAGGGUCAAUGUAACCUUUGCUCCCAGCCUGUAUUUCCCUUUUCAACUUUGAGAAACGUGUCUCCUGUUAUAAAUCGGGAGGGAGGGGGCUGUUCAAGGAGAUAAACAUCUGCCAAAGUACUUAGCCAGCUGGUUUCUGCCUGGCAUGAAAGAUACAAACAUUUACAAAUAUAUUUUUUAAGCUCAUUUUAAAAUACAGGUCUUGAUCAGAUGCCUCAGUACAAUAGAAUUUCUGAAAAGCAUAUCAAAAUGACAAGCAUAUCUGGAUGAAUGUGGAGAAAAUGUCAGUAUAUAGGUUCUGCUCUGCCAAAUGACAAUCAGGAAAAGAGGGAGCUGAGCUACCAUCCUUCUCCUUAAAUAAAGCUGCUUGUUGACAAUAGUUGGGCAAGAAUGUUUAUUCUUUUCUUUCUUAGCCAAUGUUCUCAAAAUAGUUUCCUCCUAUGUAUGUUUCCUUAUAUCAAAAUGCUUUUGUUUCCAGGUACAGGUGGGCCUUUGUUCCAGAGGUGGACACACAGGCUUACAGCAUGACAUCCUCAGAUCUAAUGGAAAAUCAUCAGGAAUGCAAACCGCAUAUUGUUAGAAUUGUGGACUUAAUAAAGCGGAAAUAUGGGGUAAAAUCUAAAUUUCAGUUGGUUUUCAUAGUUCUAAUGAUUUCAUAGUUUGUUUAGAAGGAUUACCUAGCUACAUUUUGAAACCUAAACAUCCUGACUGUCCGGAUUAUAUUUUUAUAUAGUAUAUUUGUAUCAUGCUUCUUCCUUGACAACAAUAUAAAUAAGCCUUCCAAGUCAGAAUAGUGGCCUAGCAUAUGGUGCAGCUAGCACAAUCCAUGCCCAAGCAUAGUAAAAAAAGGGCAGUACAGUCGUACCUUGGAAGUUGAACAGAAUCCAUUCCGGAAGUCCAUUUGACUUCCAAAACGUUCAGAAACCAAAGUGUAGCUUCUGAUUGGCUGCAGGAAGCUCCUUCAGCCAAUUGUGGUUUUUUUAAAUAAUAUUUUUAUUAAUUUUCUAUUUUUACAAUCCAAUAGGCCACAUUAAUACAAUUCCAAAUUAUAAUAUUAUUCCAUACCAAAUCACAUAACUUUGUGUGGCUUCCCAUGAUCUGAGGUUCAGGCCAUAAUGAUCUAAUGACCUGCAAUAGAACUUAGUCCAAAUAAUACAAUUCUUUUGUUAAUCCUUCUUUUAUUUUGUCAGUCACUGAUCCAACAACUUUCUUUCACCUUUAAAUAGUCCACCCGUUAAUUUAGCAAAAGGGUUAAUCCUGUGUUAUUCUGUGUAGAAUAUUUUCUGAGCUUCUUCUUACUUCUUCCUGUUGUCAUCCAAAAGUCUCAGCAACUCUGUUGGUUUCAUUUCUGCACACAAGGGUAAUUUUCAGUGCAUCACUCCCAGGACAAAGAAGUGUGGCAUCCCGCCAUUAACCCCGGGCAGAUAUCCAAGAUUUUGUACUGUGAUCUCAUUCCAACUGUUAAUGAGCAGAUUCUUCCCAAAAUCCUGAUAAAUCUAGUCAAUAAUUCUUUUUAUAGUUUCAAUUAGGGUCGUUGCCAAAUCCUAAUCAAGAUUCUACACAGUUCCAUCCUUUAGUUAACCCAUAGAAAUAAUCAAACGGUCUUCAAAUCCCACUUGCGUUUUCAAAUCAUUUAUCGCUUUGGGGGAGAUUUGCCGAAUAAAACAGCAUGUAUAAAAUAUAUAGAGAGAGUAAAAAAUGGAGGCUCACCCCCCCCAACAUACCAUUCCAAUUGCGACAGAAGUCCUUCUCCAGAUCGAAACCUUAGCCCUCAAGACAACCUGCCAACUGAAUCAGUCUCUCUCUCCCCUAAUUCAGAGCAUGCCUGUUAAUUAAGUCCAAAUAUCACCUUAACAGGAGUACUUCCACUCAUGGCAUUGGCUUUGGAGAGUUGUCGAUUACGCGCGGUGCAUAACACCCAGCACCCUCUGCCCCCCGCAUUCCUUUGGAACGGGUGGGAGGUAUUGGACGAUCUGCGGGUGAAGCUAGCAUCCCCCGGCCCGGGGGGAGUUUUAUGAGGAUAAUUACUCCCAUAUCAUCCUCAAUUAGCCACGCAAAGCGACUCCGCUGGCAUGGGCACAACUGAUCGCCAUGGUGGUCAGUGCUGGAAGCCGCUUUUUUGAUCCUUCAGCCAAUUGGAAGCUGCAGAAGCCCCACCAGAUGUUUGGCUUCCAAAAAUAGUUCACAAACCGGAACAGUCACUUCCAGGUUUGCAGCGUUCAGGAGCCAAAAUGUUUGAGAAAGCCUCUCCUCCUUCCGGAGGGGAGGGAUUAUGAGCGGGAGACGAUUCUCGCGUCACGCAGGGGGCAUUCUGCCCCCUGCCCUCUCAUCAUCGCGCCACGCCUACCAGUUGGGCACCCAGUUGGGUGCCACUGCAGGGGGCGUGGUUUAGCUGCUCACAUGCGGCCGCGCCAGCUCUCCCCACCAUUGCGCUUCAGAACUUUCUUGGUAUUUGGUGGUUAGGCAUUGGAAUGUGUUGUUGGUGUAUGGAAGGGCAAGGUGUGGCCAUUGCCUACCCCUUCACUUAUGGGUAUUCCGUUAAAGGAAUCUGGCGGUUGUGGAUCCUGUCCAAUGCCCUGUGUGGCGGGGGGCCAUGGCCCGAUCCUCGGUGACAUCAGGGGAGAGCUUAUAGUUGUAUUUGCAUCAACAGGCUCCCCCUACUGGUGGCUAACCCCUCAUCAGACUCAGCCCUCUCCGAGUGGGUGGAGUCAAAUAAGCUGUGGUCCAAUGCCUAAGCCAAUACCUUCUCACAUGCUGUAAUCAAUAAAGUUGUGGCCUUUUCUUGCCCAUUAACCUAAUAUACUGUGUCCAUGUGUCUUCAUUCCCCCAAGCGGGGAUCGGGUCCUCAAAUCACAACCAAGCUGUUCGAAAACCAAAGUAUGACUGUAAUCUAAAAAAGGAAAGCGGUUGGAAUUGUUGGAAUUGAAAAACCUGUUAUCUAAGCUUUGGUAAAAUAAACUAAUUGUACAAUGUUAAAAACUGCCAAAUUAAAAUUAAAAUCCCAGUAUUCAAUACAUGUUUCAUUUUAUAUACUAAACAAAAUUCCUGUAAAUGUGUAUGUGCAACUUUAUAUUUUUGUGUUCCUACAGGAUCAAACUACCAAUGAGAGAGCAACAAAGCACUAUAGCUUCCCUCUUUUGGACCUUCGUUCUAUCUCGAGCAUCACACAGUUAAUGCCAUUCUUCAGGAUACUAAGCUGUGCUUUUAAAACUGAAAGCAGCAAGGCACUGAAUACGCGUAGCUCAAAGGAUUUCAAACUGGACUGUCCAACUGGCAGUGGAACAAGGACACUGAAACUACUGGAAGAGUGUGUGGAGCAUGACUUUAUAGAAAAUAUGGAAAGUUAA